AUGUCAACACAGGCGCCAACGUUCACACAGCCGCUCCAAAGCGUUGUGGCACUUGAGGGUAGUGCUGCAACGUUUGAGGCUCAAGUUAGUGGUUCUCCAGUUCCUGAGGUGAGCUGGUUCCGUGAUGGCCAGGUUCUUUCUGCUGCCGCUUUGCCCGGCAUCCAGAUCUCGUUCAGCGACGGCCGCGCUGUUCUGAGGAUCCCUGCUGUGACAGCCGCACACAGCGGAAGGUUUUCUGUUCGAGCCACCAAUGGUGCUGGACAAGCCACUAGUACUGCUGAACUCCUAGUUACAGCUGAGACUGCGCCACCCAACUUCAUUCAGAGACUUCAGAGUUUGACCGUGAGACAAGGAAGCCAAGUGAGACUGGAUGUCCGUGUAACAGGAAUCCCUACACCUGUGGUCAAGUUCUACAGAGAGGGAGCUGAGAUCCAGAGCUCUGCCGACUUUAGGAUUGUUCAAGAAGGAGACCUUUACAGUUUGCUGAUUGCCGAAGCCUUCCCGGAGGAUUCUGGGACCUAUUCUGUAAAUGCCACCAACAGCAGCGGAAGGGCGACCUCGACUGCUGAACUGCUCGUUCAGGGAGAGGAAGCUGUGCCUGCUAAGAAGACCAAGACCAUUUUGUCCACAUCUCAGAUGGCCCAUUCCCAGACUAGAAUGGAGAAGAAAAUGGAGUCUAGUUUCCAGGCCACCACCAUGCUGGAGAUGCAUGUUGAAGGUGCUCUUAUGACCCAGCAUUUGGCACACAAGACCCCCCCACGCAUUCCCCCCAAACCAACAUCCAAGUCUCCUCCGUCACUGGUAUCCAAGGUGACAGGAGGACGCCACCAGUCCCCUUCACCUGUCAGACAUGUGAAGGCACCCACUCCCACACCUGUCAGACCUGUGUCUCCCUCUGCCCGGCUGUCAGUGUCUCCCAUCAGACCUGUCAAAUCUCCCAUCAUGACCAGGAAACGGGUGUCAGCCUCCCCGGAGGUGCUGCCCCCCUGGAAGCAGGGCGACUACAUCGCUGAGGCCAGUUACACCAGUAUGAGCAGUAUGAGCAGUACAGCGACCCAGGUCCAGACCUCUGCCACCCAGGUCCACAUGGAGCAGCACUGGGAGCAGCAGGUCGCUGCUGUGAAAGAGGGUGGGGGAGGGGGAAAGGCAGAGGCGGUGGCCACAGUGAUGGCCGCUGUUGAUCUCGCUCGUGUUCGUCAGCCUGUGCAUGUGGAGGGUGGUGGAGCUGAAGAGGAGGCGGUAGAGUCUCAGUUAAAGCACCAGGCCAGCAUGGCUGCUGAGAAACACGUUACAAUGAAAACGCUGCCUGUUCAGUCUGCAACUUCAGCCUCAGAGCAGCACAGAAUCCAGGUCUCCCAGAUUCAAAGAACCACAGAGACCAGCAGCCAUGUGGACACUGGUCUCGCACCAUCCCCAGUUCCACAUUUCACAGUCUCUAAAGUCACUGUCCCUAAACCUGACCCUAGCUAUGAGGUUACCAGGGCAGGCUCUGCCAUUGCCACACUGCAGAAAGAGUUAUCGUCUGCUACCGCUAGAAAAAUCAUCAAGCCAGUCAAGUCUCCCAGCCCUUCUCGUAGAGUUGUGGAAACACGGGGGACCCCUGAGCCCACUCCUCCUCCGUUUAAAGACUCCAGAUAUCAGGCUCAGUAUGACAGGCAGUUACAGACAGGGGCAACAUAUGCGUUGAGUGAGGAGGAGUUUGAGGAUUGGGAACCUCAGGAGGCUGCCGCCGUCCCCACACCUGCCCAGGAGCCUGUAGUUCCUCCAACUCUAGCCAUGGGUCUGAAGAACCUGACGGUAACAGAGGGGGAGUCUGUGACUCUGGAAUGCCAGAUCACUGGUCACCCCACCCCCACCAUCAUGUGGUUCAGAGAGGACUACAAUAUAGAGAACUCCAUUGACUUCCAGAUCAUUUAUGAGAAUGGAUUUGCCCGUCUGGUGAUCCGUGAGGCCUUUGCUGAAGACAGUGGCCGUUUCACCUGCACAGCUACCAGCGAGGCUGGAACUGUCAGCACGUCGUCCUACCUGCUCGUCAAAGUGUCAGAGGAAAUAGACAGCAGAGAAGAGACGACUACAGUCACUGAGACCGGAAUCACACAAGAGAAAAGGUGAGGCAUAACAUUUGACCAAAGGGCCUGGAUGGUUGCUGUGGAGACCACAUUACAGAGUGUGUCGGAGGUGAGCACAGCAGAGACUGUCACUCCCUUCUUCAUCAAGAAGCCCACCGUCCAGAAGCUAGUGGAGGGAGGAAGUGUGGCCUUUGACUGCCAGGUGGGAGGAAGCCCCAAACCACACAUUAUCUGGAAGAAGAGUGGUGUGCCACUUACUACUGGAUACAGAUACAAAGUCUCCUACAAAAAGGAGACUGGAGAGUGCAGAUUAGAGAUAUCCAUGACCUUCGCUGACGAUGCUGGAGAGUAUUCCAUCUACAUCAAGAACCAGGCCGGAGAGGCCUCGGCUUCAGCUAACCUGCUGGAGGAGGAGGAGUAUGAAGCCUACAUGAAGCAGCAUGAUGUGACGUAUAAAACAGAGUUGACAACAACGGUGGUACAGGAGCCGGUUGUGGUUGUGACUCAGUAUGAGAUGGAACAGAAGAGGGUGACAACCCCAAUGAGCUAUGUCUCAGAAACGGAAUUCCACAUAUCUGCCUUUGAGCAGAGGAUCAUCCAGGAGAUUGAGCUGCGCAUCAUGAAGAUUACCUAUAGAGAAAUAGUGUCAGCGGACGGUGAACUAAUUGUGACCGCAACAGAGGACGAGGCUGUACAGCCAGCCUUUGACACUCCGGUCAAAAACUACAGGAUUAUGGAGGGGAUGGGUGUCACUUUCCACUGCAGAAUGGCUGGAAUGCCACUGCCCAAGAUUGUAUGGUACAAAGAUGGCAAUCGCAUCAAACAUGGCGGUCGUUACCAGAUGGAGGUUCUCCAGGAUGGAAGAGCCAGCCUGCGUCUAGCCAUGGUGCUGCCAGAGGAUGAGGGUGUUUACACAGCCUUUGCAAGUAACAUGAAAGGGAAUGCUGUCAGCUCUGGGAAGCUAUAUGUGGAGCCAUCAGGAGCAGGAACACCUCAGAGAUACACACCCCAGCCAGCGAUGCAGAGAAUCAAGUCAACAUCUCCUCGUACUCUGAGUUACUCGCCUGGACGUUCCUCUAGCCGUUCUCCUGGACGCUCUCCUGCUCGCAGGCUUGAUGAGACAGAUGAAGCUCAGCUGGAGAGACUCUACAAGCCUGUAUUUGUCAUGAAGCCUUCUUCAUGUAAAUGCUCUGAGGGACAGACCGCCAGAUUUGACCUGAAAAUUGUUGGUAGACCAAUGCCAGAGACAUACUGGUUCCACAACGGACAACAAGUGGUCAGUGACUACACCCACAAGAUAGUGGUAAAGGAGGAUGGAACACAGUCCCUGAUUAUAGUUCCAGCCAUGCCCCAAGACUCUGGAGAGUGGACAGUUGUUGCUCAGAACAGAGCUGGAAAAUCCUCUGUCUCCAUAACUCUCACCGUUGAUGCUCGAGAAAGCCUUGUGCGCCCACAGUUUAUGGAGAAGCUGAAGAACAUCAGUGUAAAGCAAGGCACUCUGGUUGAGUUGGCUGUUAAAGCCAUUGGAAACCCCAUCCCUGACAUUGUGUGGCUGAAAAACAGUGACAUUAUCACCCAAAACAAAUAUCCACAUAUCAAGAUUGAAGGCACAAAAGGAGAGGCCAAAUUCCAGAUCCCUUCACCAGCUGCCUCUGACAGUGCCUGGUAUACAGCUACAGCCAUCAACAAGGCUGGAAGAGAUACUACUCGCUGUAGAGUCAAUGUUGAAGUUGACUUUUCUGCACCUCAGGCAGAGAGGAAGCUCAUAAUUCCCAAAGGAACCUACAAGGCCAAGGAGAUUGCUGCUCCAGAGUUGGAACCCCUGCAUCUUCGCUAUGGCCAAGAGCAGUGGGAGGAGGGAGACCUUUAUGACAAGGAGAAGCAGCAGAAACCACAGUUCAAGAAGAAGCUGACUUCUGUGAGAAUGAAGCGCUUUGGUCCAGUUCAUUUUGAGUGCAGAUUGACUCCUAUUGGUGACCCAACAAUGGUAGUGGAGUGGUUGCAUGAUGGCAAACCCCUUGCAGCUGCCAACAGGUUGCGCAUGGUCAAUGAAUUUGGCUACUGCAGUUUGGACUAUGAAGUCGCUUAUGCUAGAGACAGUGGUGUCAUCACCUGCAGAGCUACUAACAAGUUUGGAGUAGACCAGACCUCGGCCACCCUGAUUGUCAAGGAUGAGAAAGGUCUUGUUGAAGAAACACAGCUUCCUGAGGGCAGGAAGGGAGUACACCGAAUUGAUGAGAUGGAACGUGUGGCUCAUGAGGGAGGACCCUAUGGAGUCAGUGCUGAGGAGGAAACUGAGAAGACUAAGCCUGAGAUUGUACUGGUUCCUGAACCAGUCCGAGUCCUGGAAGGCGACAUUGCAAGAUUCCGUUGCAGAGUGACUGGUUAUCCCACCCCUAAGGUUAACUGGUACAUUAAUGGACAACUUAUUCGCAAGAGUAAAAGAUACAGACUUCGUUACGAUGGUAUCUACUAUCUAGAGAUUAUUGAUAUUAAGUCCUAUGAUUCUGGAGAGGUCAGGAUUGUUGCAGAUAAUCCCUUAGGUACAGCUGAACACACCGUGAAACUGGAGAUACAACAGAGAGAAGACUUCAGGUCCAUCCUACGUCGUGCACCAGAAGUGAAGGCAGCAGAGUCUACACAAGAUUUUGGCAAAGUGGGCUUUGAUGUUGUCAAGGUGGACCGACCUGGUGAGAUCACACAGGACAGGGAAGUGGUCAAACUGAGGAGGACCCAUAGGGUUGUUCGUGAGAAAACCUCAGAGGAGUCAGACGAACUGAAAAGUAAAUUUAAGCGCAGGACAGAGGAAGGUUACUAUGAGUCGAUAUCUGCUAUGGAUUUCAAGGCUCGCAAGAAGGAUGAUUCUUAUGAGGACUUGCUGAAGAAGACAAAGGAUGAGCUUCUUCAUCGCUUAAAGGAGAAAGAAGAGGCUGAGAGGAAAAAAAUGGAGGAACAGGGUAAAGUGGCUAUUCCCACAAUCAAACCUGAAAAGGUCCAGCUCUCUCCCAGCAUGGAAGCUCCUAAGAUCCUUGAACGUAUUUCCAGCAAGACAGUCACUCCGAUGGAUGAAGUUCGCUUCAGAGUCAGAGUGAUUGGCCGACCAGAACCUGAAUGCCAGUGGUUCAAGAAUGGCGUCCAGCUGGAGAAGUCUGACCGUAUCUACUGGUACUGGCCUGAGGACCAUGUAUGCGAAUUAGUGAUCAGAGAUGUGACAGCAGAAGAUUCUGCUAGUAUCAUGGUCAAAGCUAUGAACAUUGCUGGGGAAGCCUCAAGUCAUGCCUUCCUAUUGGUGCAAGGUAAGACAGCAAUUAGCUUUACCCAACACCUGGAGGAUGUAAGUGCCAAGGAGAAGGACACCAUGGCAGCCUUUGAAUGUGAGACCAGUGAGCCUUUUGUAAAGGUUAAAUGGAUGAAGAACAACAUGGAUAUCUUCUCUGGGGACAAAUACAGGAUGCACUCCGACAGAAAAGUUCACCUCCUGUCUGUGCUGAUCAUUGAUAUGAAGGAUGAUGCAGAGUACAGCUGUGUUGUUACAGAUGAUGAGGGCAUCAGAACUAGUGCAAGACUACACGUAGAAGGUGCAGCUCUGGAUCUCAUUAAGAACCUAGAGAACAUUGAGGUGCCAGAGACCUACUCUGGAGAGUUUGAGGUUGAGCUGUCCCGUGAGGAUGCCGAGGGCACCUGGUUCUUUGGAGACAAGGAGAUCUCUCCCAGCAGUAAAUAUGUCAUGUCCUCCCGCCGUGGAAGACACACUCUGACUGUCAAAGAUGUGAAGAAGGAGGACCAGGGAAAAUACACCUUUGUCUGUGGAGAUCUGAGAACCAGCGCCUCCCUAAAGAUGAAAUUGCGCCCUGUGACCCUGAUGCAGCCCCUGACUGACCUGACUGUCUGUGAGGGGGACAUUGCUCAGUUGGAGGUAAGGUUCUCCCAGGAGAAUGUUGAAGGAACCUGGAUGAAGAAUGGUCAGGCCAUCUCUGCCUCGGAUCAUGUCCACAUUGUCAUUGACAAGCUGGUGCACAAGCUUCUGUUGGAGAAUGUCAGCAGAGAGGACGCUGCCUCCUACUCCUUCAUUGUUCCUGCUCAGGACAUUUCCACCUCUGGGAAACUCAACGUUCAAACAAUUGAUAUUCUGGUGCCACUGAAGGACAUCAGUGCUGUAGAGGGCACCAAGGCUGUUCUGGAAGCGAAGAUCUCAGCCCAGGAUGUCAGCUCAGUCAAGUGGUACCACAAUGACAAGCUGGUGAUGCCCAAUGACCGAAUCCACAUGGUGGCCAAGGGAGCCAAGCAGCGUCUGGUCUUCACCAGAACCUUCGCCUCUGACGAGGGACAAUACAAACUGAUAGUUGGCAGAGUGGACACCAGCUGCAAAUUUUCUGUCGAGCAGGUGCAAAUAGUGAGGCACAUGGAGGACAGGGUGUGCUCAGAGUCCCAGAACGUCACCUUUCAGGUUGAGGUGUCUCAUCCUGGCAUUGAUCCGGUCUGGACCUUUAGGAACCAGCAGCUCAAAGCUGGUCAUAAACACAAGAUGGAGUCCAAGGGCACAAUUCAUUCUCUGACUGUUACCGAUGCCAUGAAAGAUGAGGAGGGCAGCUAUGCCUUCCAUGCUGGGGAAAAGACGUCUAGUGCCAAACUCACCGUCUCUGGUGGCGCUAUAACUCGGCCCCUGCAGGACGUGUUGGUGGCAGAGUCUCAGACGGCUGAGCUGGAGUGUGAAGUGGCCAAUGCCGACACAGCGGGGAAGUGGCUGAAGGACGGCGAGCCAGUGGACUUCAGCGAGAACGUGGUGAGUGAGGUGAAAGGAGCCACCAGACGCCUGGUUAUAGUCAUCACCAGACCCCAGGACGCAGGAGAGUACACCUACCAGGUGGCCAACUCCAAGACCACAGCCAACCUCAGAGUGGAGGUGGUGAAGAUUAAGAAGACCCUGAGGAACCAAACCGUGACAGAGACCCAGGAGGCUGUCUUCACCCUGGAGCUGACCCACGCCAACGUCAAAGGAUCCCAGUGGAUCAAAAAUGGAGUUGAGCUGCAGAACAGUGACAAAUAUGAGGUCAUAUCGGAUGGCGUGGUCCACACGCUGAAGGUCAAGAACUGCAACACACAUGAUGAGUCUGUUUACGCCUUCAAACUGGGCAAGCUGUCUGCAAACGCCAGGCUGAAUGUGGAGACAAUUAAGAUUGUGAAGAAGAUAAAGGAUGUGACAUCACUGCUGGAUACUACUGCCUCCUUCGAAAUGAGUUUGUCCCAUGAUGACAUCCCUGUCAAAUGGAUGUUCAACAACGUGGAGAUAACACCCAGUGACAAGUGUAAGAUCCUGUCAGAGAAGAAAGCCCACAAGCUCGUCAUCCAGAAUGUGGACAGCAGCAACGCUGGAGAGUACACCGCCGUGAUCGGACACCUGCAGUGUAGUGCAACUCUCACCGUGGAAGCUUUGCGUGUCACCAAACCCCUGAAGAGUCUGGAGGUCCCAGAGACCCAUGUGGCCACUUUUGAAUGUGAGGUUUCCCAUUUCAAUGUCCCGUCCACCUGGCUGAAGAACGGCGUGGAGAUUGAGAUGAGUGAGAAGUUCAGGAUCGUGGUCCAGGGUAAACUUCACCAGCUGAAGAUCAUGAACACCAGCACAGAGGACUCUGCAGAAUACACCUUUGUCUGUGGAAACGACAAGGUCUCUGCAACCCUCACUGUUAACCCUAUUUUGAUCACCUCCAUGCUGAAAGACCUGAACGCCCAGGAGAGAGACUCCAUCACAUUUGAGGUCAAUGUUAAUUAUGAGGGAAUCACCUACAAGUGGCUGAAGAAUGGUGUUGAGAUCAAAUCCUCGGACAGGUGCCAGGUCCGAAGUAAACAGCUCACUCACUCCCUCACCAUCCGCAAUGUUCACUUUGGAGACGUGGGAGACUACCAGUUUGCAUCUGGGUCCGCUGCCACAUCAGCAAACCUCUUUGUUGAAGCUCGUGUGAUUGAAUUCACGAAGAAGAUCAAAGACAUCAAGUUGACUGAGAAGAAGAAGGCCAUUUUUGAGUGUGAAGUGUCUGAGCCAAACAUCCAGGUGAUGUGGCUGAAGGAUGGACAGGAGCUGGAUGUGUCACAGGAAAGAUACAUGGUGACGGCAGAGAAGUAUGUGCAUCGCUUGAUGAUCCAGACGGUCCGUGUGAGUGACGCUGGAGAGUACUCUGUGGUGGCCGGAUCCAGUGUGUCCAGGGCCCAGCUGACUGUGGAGGGCCGGGACAUCAGGAUCACUGAACCAGCUGAGAAAGAGAUCACUGUUGUGGAGAAACAAAGAGCAACCUUUGAGUUUGAGGUCAAUGAGGAUGAUGUUGAGGGCCGCUGGCUGAGGAAUGGAGUUGAGAUCCAGUUCUCAGUUGAGGAGAGAUUCAACUAUGUGGCCAUCAGGAAAGUCCACCGUCUGACAAUCUCUGAGACCUACAGGAGUGAUGCAGGGGAAUACACCUUCAUUGCAGGGAAGAACAGAAGCACCAUGCACCUUCGUGUCAACAUCCCAGAGCCUCCUCAGAUAAUCCGCCACAUGGAGCCCCAGUCGGUGGAGGCGGGUAAACCAGCUCGCUUCACAGUGGAGGUGACUGGCGUUCCCCAUCCCCAGGUCUUCUGGUACAAGAACUCCCAGGCUCUGUCUGCCGGCUUCAAGUGUAAGUUCCUCCAUGAGGGAAAUGAGCACACACUGCUUCUGAUCGAAGUCUUCCCAGAGGACGCCGCUGUCUACAGCUGUCAGGCCAAGAAUGACUUUGGAGAGGCAACAAGCACCACUUCACUCCAUGUGGAAGUGUCUGAGGUGGCUUCUCCAGACUCUGAACCUCCCAUGGCUCCUCCAGUGGUGAUCUCCCCCAUCUCCAACACCUCCGCUGCUGAAGGAGAACCAGCACGCUUCCAGUGCCGUGUUCGUGGCGAUGAUGUGACGAUCUCCUGGUUCCACGGAGAACGGGAGAUCAAGCAGUCAGAUUUGUUCAAGAUGUCACAGUUUGAUGACAGCUGUCAGCUGGAGAUCUCCAUGGUCUAUCCAGAGGAUGAGGGGGAAUACAGCUGCAUUGCCAAGAACAGUGCAGGAACUGUGUCCUGCUCUGCUUCACUCCAACUACAUGGGCAAAAACAAACAGUUGAAAUGCCUGCUGAAUCUCAGUGGCAUCUGUCCACCAGCCUGACAGCUCAAAAGAAGCCUUCUAUUGGCCAAACCCCCACUUUUAUCCAUCCAAUCACAAGCUGCGAUGUGCUGCAUGGGGAGGUGGCUAGGUUUUAUGCUUGUGUGUCUGGCAUGCCAAAACCAGAAAUAAGCUGGUUUCAUAAUCAGCAACCAAUCAGGCCCACCAAGGACAUUGUCUUCCAUUUUGAUGAGAUGACAAACACUGCCACAUUGAUCAUAGUAGAUGCUUUCUGUGAGCAUGCUGGACAAUACACCUGCAGAGCAGCCAAUAGUGCUGGAGAGGCCAUGUGCUCUGCUACCCUCACCAUAACCACAGAAGAAGUGACUGAUGUGAGGGAGCAGAUUGAAGCCAAGAUUGAGCAAGAAGUCAAAGAAUGUUCUAGCACCACCAUCACCACUGUGGAGGAACAAGAGGAAACCUACUGGACUGGUCUCCAGUUACCACAGAAAUCCAAAACACUUGAACUCAAGCCAGAACCCAAACAUGUCUCUAGCACUCUAGUAAAGAAGAAAGAAAAACCAGUUUUCCUCAGCCAACUUUCUCCAGCAGCUGUGACUGCUGGGGAAACAGCUAGAUUUACUGUGACAGUGUCUGGCUUCCCUAAGCCCACUGUUCAGUGGUUCCACAAUGGACACCUAAUAAAGAGCUCUUCAGUUUACAAGCUGUUAGAAGAAAAGGAGGAGCAUACAUUAAUAAUCACACAGGUCAGAUCUGAGUACGAUGGGGAGUAUUCAUGUACUGCAACCAAUAGAUUUGGGCAGACAACCUGCACUACAUACCUUGAAGUGAGAAAGAAAGAAUUGAGCCAGGCAGAGAAAUGGGUUGAGAAAAUGUUCAAGAUCCAAGGUCAACCUCCUACUUUUGUAGUUCAGAUCCAACCUGUGAGAUGCCCAGAAGGAGGAGAGGUCUCUUUUGAAUACAAAGUCAGCGGUGAUCCAGUCCUUGAUGUGAAAUGGUUCAAAGGAACUUUUCAAAUCCAGACUAGUAAGACCUGUAUCAUUGUUGCCAACCCAGAUGGAUCUGGCUCCAUUAACAUCAAAAGCCUCAAACAGGAGGAUGGUGGCCUCUACACAUGUAAGGCUUCUAACCAGUUUGGUGAGGCUUCCUGUACCGCUGAACUGGUGGUGUUCAAGGAGUCUGUGUCUUUAGCUGGCCAACAGGAAUGGCACAGAGAAAUUCAGAAGACAGGAUAUAAAGUUUCUGUGACUGAACAGGCUACAGUGUCCCACCUGUACCAGGCCAACCUCCCUGGACAAGACAGAUCUAGAUCAGAUCAGAUGAUUUACACAAUUGGCACAGAGGACAGCCAGAUAAUUCCUAGUGAGCAGGUGGGCACCCUUAGAGAGUUAGAUAUCUCAGCAGCCACUCUUAAUAGAGAGCAGGUCACCCACCAGGCUGCAGUGCUGCGGUCUCAUGAGGUAGAGGAGAGGGUGUCAGUGGCUCUUACCCAUCCAUCUCAGGUUUCAGCCAUUCCUAUCAAACAGCUUCACAUGGCAGCUUUUACAUCGUCUGUUCAGGAGAGUCAAGACCUUACAGAGCAGCACUGUGAUCGUAUCCAGAGCCCCGAGGUUAUCGAGCUCCAGCCAGGCAGGGAAAAGAGUUCAAAGGUGAUGUCAGCUGUAGCUGAGGAGAUCACCCCUCUCUCUAUAGUUAGCACAGAGCCUCUGACCGACAGAAAGUCAGAUAAAGUCCAACCAACUUCAGAGCCUAAACAUUUAGUGAGUGGUCAUCAAGUGGAAUCACAGCUGUCCUUCCUUAAAGAGCAGUCACAUGACAUCCCAAAACCACAAGAGGAAAGGAGUUAUAAAGUCGCAGAAGGUGUUAAAGUUUUGUAUUCAGCCCAAUCCACAGAGAAGCAGGUGCUGCCUGAGGGCCACACCACUGACCUAGCCACAGCAAAUUCUGCUGUCAAGUCGUCUGUGAGCAAAGAGAAAUCCAGGCCUGUAAUCGUCUCAGUCAUUGAGUCCAAACAGACUUUAUCAAAAGAGACAAAACUAUCCAUGCAGAGGCCUGAUCAGGAGACAGCCCAGUUCUCUAAGGAUAAAGUAAUGCGGGCAGCUCUAACUGCUGAGGAGAAGCAGACUCUUCAGGCUGAGCACAGCGAGCAGCUACACAGUCUGGACAGUGCUUUGUGUAUCCAGUCAGAGGUAGAGGGAGAACAGCUCUUACAUCUUCAGGUUAUCACAGACCAGGACCUCCUUCCAUCUAAGGAGAGUUUUACCUGUGAGAAACCUGCCCCACAGCAGGCAGCAAGCAGGAAAAGUCCCACUCUGUUACAUUCAGUCACUCAGGAUGAGCAGAGGACAGUGGUGUGUGAGGACACAUUAGAGUUUGAUGCUAAGGCCACUUCUAUGACUAUCCAACCUCAGAGACAGGCCCACACUCCCUUACACCUUCAGUUAACCCACCCUGUGGAAACAUUACCCAAAGAGAGUGCUCUUGUAAUAGAAAAGCCAAACCAGCAGUUGGCAACACAGAGACAGGAAAAGGCAAGGAGACAUGCAGCCACCUCAGAAGAGAGAAGGGAGCUCACAGCAGAUUAUCACAAAGAGCUUGAUGUAUCAGUGACAGGAGUUCAGUCACAUCUUAGAGCGGAACCCAGACCUCAGAAUAUUCUCCAGGUAUCCUCCCAGAACAUUCAGCACUCAAAGGAAACUCCUUUCAGCAACAACAUCAAGCACCAGCGAGUUUUAGUGCAGAAGGAGGAGCAAUGGAAUGUGAUGCAUGUUCCCAGUGUAGAGGACAGCCAGGUCUUGCAGGAGGGUCAUACUGACAACCUGACUGCCGUGGAUAGAUUCAGCUGUCAGACAGUCAUAGAACCUAAAGUUCCCACAGAGCCAGUCCAUAUUGAGGAGAAGGAGAUCUCUACAGAGAGCAGUGUGCCUCUGGAGGCAGCAGAACAGGACUUUGCUGUUCAGAUCCAGGAAGGUCAGUCAGUCAGACAGUCAAUAGUAACGGAUGAGAAACGAGUGUUGACUGGUGAGCUCUCUCAGGAAAUCACCAAAUCUGAGUCCACAAACGUUAGUGUCAACAAACAGCCUAAAGUGUCUCUCAUGGCAUCAGAGUCUAAAGACAGUACACCUCUUCCUAAGGAGAUGACUUUUGUUAUUAAGAUCCCCAACCCCUCCAGUCUGAAUAUCAGACGUCAGCUGAAGGACGCUCUUCAGUCUGCUGUGGCCCGUGAACAGCCACUGUUACUGGCUGAUGUUGUAGGGAGCUUGGACACUGUUGAGGUACAGGAAGUCAAGGUUCAGAAAGAGUCCAAACGGACCAUGUUUACUUACCUUAUCACGACAACAGGUGCCCCCAUGGAAAUCACACUGGCUUUUGAAGGUGAAUACCCACAGACUGCUGAUCUCAGAACUGAACUUCAGGCAGCCCUCCACUCCAUAGUUUACCAGGAGGCUCACGUUCUCACCUCAGACCAGCCUGGUACGAUGCAGUUAGACAAGCCUCAGAGGGUUCAUGUUACCUCAGCCCGCUCCAGGGAAAUGAUGUCGUCCAUGGUUGAGACUGUUAGAGUCGCAGAGAGCACUGUAGAUCUCACUCCAGUUAAGUCCCAGGCUGCUGCUUUGAAGACGGAGUCUAAAGUGGCUUUUGAACAUAUCACCGAAUCUAAGGCUGCUAAGACUGAACAAUCAGCCUUCACCCAAGUUGUUAAGGUCUCCACUGAGGCCCACGUGCAGGUUGAGCAGUCAGUGCAGGUUUCCAGGCAGGAAGUAAGGAGUGUGACUGUGAAAGACCAUGAGAAAGGUGUUGCAGCUGCUGACAUCACCACUGAUCUCCCUCACACCUCCAUCCCCACCGAACAGUCUGUUGAUGUCAGUGUACAGAAAGAACACAGGGAGGAGAUAUUCAGGGAGAUUAUAGUAUCUUCACCUGAACACAGAGAGUAUCCAGACAUAGUUACAGCUCUGGAGGACUUAUCAGUUGAGGAGGAUAGCAUGGUAACAUUUAGCACCACCAUAAAAUAUGUCACAAAGGUAAACUGGUUUUUCAGUGGACGAUUGGUGAAAUCUGGCAAAGAGUUCAAGUGUUCCAAAGACCACGACACAUACACACUAGUUAUCAACAAAGUAAUCAAGGAGAAGCAUCAGGGAGAAUAUGUCUGUGAGGCUGAGAAUGAAGCCGGCAAGACAACUACAACUGCAAGACUCACUGUGGUCUCAAGAGUGCCACCUGUCUUUAGGAAAAAGACCAGCUCCCUGGAGAUCAACAUUGGCAGUCAUGCCAAGUUUGAAUGUGAGAUUGAAGAUGCUCCUAAUGUGACCUUCAAAUGGUACAAGUCUGGACUUGAGAUCAAACAGAGUGAGAAGUACAGGAUCCUCAGUUGCCAAACCAGUUCCAUCCUGGAGUUCAUUAAUCCGGCCAAGGCUGACAGUGGUGAAUACAUCUGUAAGGCUUCCAACCAGCACGGCGGUGACAGCUGCUCCAACACUCUCACUGUGACGGAACUGUACCCGCCGGUAUUUGUAUCAAAACCGGACCCAAUGACUUUAUUUGUGGGCAAACAAGCUCUGUUCCAGUGCUCACUCACUGGCUCUUUGCCCAUGGAAAUUGUCUGGCACAAGAACAACAUAGCCAUCUCCUCUGAGGGGAACUAUGUCAUGAAAUGCGAAAAGAACAAAUAUUCUCUCCAGAUUAAAAGUCUUGAGCUGGCUGACCAGGCGGUGUACCUCUGUAAGGUGUCCAACAGUGUUGGAACAGCUACCUUUACUACAGAGCUCAAGGUUAUCAAUAAGCCCAGCUUUGUUAAGACCCUUGAGCCUGUGUCAGCUGCUGUGAAUGAGCCCCUGCACCUGGAAUGCCAGGUGGAUGAGGACACUGGUGUGGCCAUCACCUGGAGCAGGGAUGGCAGGAAAAUCCACCAGAGCAUGGACUAUAAAUUGUCCUUCGAGGACAAAGUGGCUCUUCUUGAGAUACCCAAGUCCAAACUGAAGGACUCUGGAAAAUAUGUUUGCAAGGCCACAAAUGAGGCUGGAUCCUCAACCUGUGAAGCUCUGGUGACGGUUCAAGAGCCCCCUACCUUUGUCAAGAAAAUGGAACCAAAGAUUACUUGGAAACAGGGCAUAGCAGCACGCUUACAAUGUACUAUCAGAGGCUCUCCUGAACUUCAUGUGCACUGGUUCUGGAAUGACCAAGAGCUUAGUGAUGGAGAUAGAUAUAAAAUGGCAUUCCAGAAUGGUACUGCCACUUUGGAGAUAGUGGAACUUCUUGUCACUGACAGUGGCAGAUACACUUGUGAGGUCUCAAAUGCUGUUGCCAGUGAAAGCUGCAACACCCAGAUAGCUGUUAAAGAGCCCCCAUCCUUCAGAAAGGAGCUGCAGACCAUAGAGUCUGUGAAGGGAACAGUGGCUCAGCUGGAGUGUGAGAUUACCGGAACAGCUCCUUUUGAAAUCACUUGGUUAAAGAAUAAGAAAGCCAUCACAACUGAUAAGAAAUAUAAGAUCAUGUCCCAGGAUUCCCUAGCCAGGCUGGAGAUCCAGCCCUUUGAGAGUGCAGAUGUUGGGGACUACCAGUGUGUUGUAUGCAAUGAUGUGGGUAAAAUCACCACUAAGGCUCUUGCUAAACUCAAAGAGCCACCAUCUUUCUCAAAGAGGAUUGAGAGCGCCACCGCGUUGUUGGGAAACACAGUGAAGCUGCAGGGCACCAUAAAAGGCUCAGCUCCCAUCACUGUUAAAUGGACAAAAGACUCUGAGAUACUAAGAGAUGAUGAUCCGAACAUCAACAUGGUGUUUGAGAACAACGUUGCUAGCCUUUCAAUAGCCACAGUAACACUCAUCCAUGUUGGCAAGUACUCAUGUCAAGCUGAGAAUGAGGCUGGACAGCAGAGAUGUGAUGCCACUUUGACUGUGCAAGAACCGGCUCGAGUCUUAGAACCUGCUGAGUCCAUCAGUGUGACUGCAGGAGAUUCUGCUUCCUUGGAGUGUACCAUCACUGGAAGCCCAGAGCUCAAAGUGAAAUGGUUUAAAGAUGGAAAGGAGAUGAUGAGUGGUCGAAAAUAUAAAAUGACUGUGAAAGACAAUACCGCCAGCUUAAAGAUCCUUUCAGCAGAGAAAGGAGACUCCUCAGAAUACAGAAUGGAGGUGUCCAACAAAGUUGGGAAGGAUCAGUGCACCUGCUCAGUUACUGUCUUGGAUCGGAUAAUACCUCCGUCUUUCACCAAAUCCCUUAAAAGAGUUGAUGGGAACGUCGGGAAUAAUGUGUCCAUGGAGUGUAAGGUGUCUGGGUCCCAACCCAUGACCAUAACUUGGUUCAAAGAUGAAAAGGAGAUUGAGUCUAGAGUUUCAGCCAAGUUCCAGCCAGAAUACAAAGAUAGUUCUGCUACCCUCCACAUCGUCCAGCUGGAAAAGGCUGACUCUGGUGUUUACAAAUGCAGAGCCUCAAAUUCUUCUGGCUUUAAAGAAACCAGCGGGACACUCUACGUUAAAGAGCCCCCAGUUUUUACAGUGAAACCGGACAACCGGGAAGUUAUACCAGGAAGCACUGUUUCCUUCAAAUCAGCCUUCACUGGAACGGCUCCUCUGGCUGUCAAGUGGUUCAGAGAGGAAAAGGAGAUUUCCACUGGAGGCACAUAUUUCAUAAAGAAAGAUUCCUCUUCGAGCUCCUUGGAGCUUCACUCAGUGAAACCUUUUGACUCUGCUAAGUACACAUGCCAAGUGUCGAAUGAUGCUGGGAAGGUGGACUGCACUGCGGUCCUCUUCGUCAAAGAACCUCCUGUAUUUGUAACAAAGCCUGAAGCGACCAAACUAGUCACCAGCGGCAGCUCUGCUAGGCUGGAGUGCAAAGCCAGAGGCAGCCCUGUUAUCACCUUUAAGUGGUUUAACAACGAGAUGGAGAUCAGCUCCGGUCACAAGUAUAGAAUGACCCUGGCUGACUCAGUCGCCUCCCUGGACAUAGCAGACUGCCGUGUUGAGGACAGUGGAACGUAUGUCUGUGAGGCAUCCAGUGAGGCUGGUAGUGACCGCUGCAGCAGCACGGUGUUAGUCAAAGAGCCUCCUGCAUUUGUGCGGACCCUGGAGCCUAAAGAUGUUGUCAAAGGUACUGAGUCAAUCCUGGAGGCCCAAGUCUCAGGCUCUGCUCCAUUUACCGUGUCUUUUUAUAAAAACACAAAGCUUGUUAGGAACGACAAGAGACACUGCAUCACUGUGAAGGACAACCUGGUGGCCCUGCAGGUGCUGGCUUUUGAGGCAGGAGACACUGGCACCUACCAGUGUACUGUUGAAAAUGAAGUAGGGCAGGACUCAUGUGACUGUCAAGUCAUGCUCAAAGAACCACCAUCGUUUGUAAAAAAGCUAGAGAGCCUGAGUCCUCUGGUGGGCAGCGAAGUGUCUCUGCGGUGUUCUCUGAAGGGCUCAGAGCCCAUGGCUGUGUCCUGGCUGAAGGACGACCAUGAGCUCAAAGAGGCUGAGCACAUUAACAUUACUUAUGAAAACAGGACCGCUGUGCUGCACAUUACCGACAUUCAGGCCAAGCACGGCGGCAAGUACACCUGUCAUGCUCACAAUCAGGCUGGGAGCCAGAAAUGCUCUGCUGUGUUGACAGUCAAAGAACGCAAAAACCCUCCUGUGUUCACCAAGAAGUCCUCAGAGCACAUUGUGGAUACAGAGGGUAAAUUGGUGAAGAUGGAGGGUCGUGUGUCUGGUUCCCAGCCCAUGACUGUGACUUGGUACAAGGAUGAUGCAGAAAUCCACAGCUCUGACAAAUAUGAUAUUACUUUUAAGAACAAUGUGGCUGUGCUCUGCAUCAAGAGCAGCCUGGUAUCUGACAGUGGCCAGUACUCCUGCCUGGCCACCAAUGAAGCUGGCAAAGCCUCCUUCCAAGUCUCUGCGGGCUUUACUGAGGCCCAGAAAGCUCCAGUAUUUGAUGUCCCUCUCAAACCACUGACGGUUGAUGAGGGAGAGAAGCUGAGCCUUAAGUGUCACGUCUGUGGUUCUCCUCCUCUGAAGAUCCAGUGGAUGAAGGACAGGAAGGAGCUGACCUCCACAGGAAACACCAAAAUCACAUUUGUGGAUGGCACAGCCUGUCUGGAGGUCAGCCAGUCCUCCAAGGCCGAUGCAGGAGACUACCUGUGUAAGGCUAGCAAUGCUGUCGGCAGUGAGUUCUGCAAGUCCAGAGUGACUGUGAAAGAGAAACCAGGGGCCGCCCCUGCACCCACAGAGACCCCUACAGCGGCUCCAGCCAAGAAACUGGACAACCUGUUCUUUAUUGAAGAGCCCAAAGCGGCACAUCUCACUGAGAAGGGCACUGCCACCUUGAUUGCCAAGGUUGGAGGUGAUCCCAUUCCCAGUGUGAAAUGGAUGAAAGGCAAAUGGAGACAGUUAACCCAUGGUGGUCGCGUCUCUAUUGAGCAGAAAGGCCAGGAGGCCAAACUGGAGAUCAGAGAGGUGACCAAGUCUGACUCAGGACAGUACAGAUGUGUUGCCUCCAACAAACAUGGAGAGAUCGAAUGUAGCGCUGACAUGCAUGUUGAGGAGAAGAAAGAGGCAGCAGAGAUAGAGGGAGACCUCCGAGCCAAACUAAAGAAGACCCCCUCCAAACAGAAGAGUCCCCAGGAGGAGAAGGACAUAGACAUUGUUGAGCUGUUGAGGAAUGUGGACCCCAAGGAGUAUGAGAAAUAUGCCAGGAUGUAUGGCAUCACUGACUACAGAGGCCUGCUGCAGGCCAUCGAGCAGCUGAAGAAAGAGAAGGCUCAAGAAAGUGGCCGACCGGAGCUGGAGCAUGGAGACAGAGAAUCAGAUGAGGAGAUGGCCAGACUGGUGGCUGACCUCCAAAAGAGAAUGGAGCGCACCGAGCCUGUCACUGUGGUGAAGGACAUUUCUGACCAGUCUGUAUUUACCAACAAGGAGGCUGUGUUUGAAUGUGAGAUCCAAAUCAACUACCCAGAGAUCACCCUGUCCUGGUACAAGGGAACACAAAAACUGGACAACAGCGACAAGCUUGACAUCAGCAUCACUGGCAACCGCCACCUGCUGAAAAUCAAGAACUGCCAGUCUGCAGACCAGGGCAACUACCGUGUGGUCUGCGGACCACAUAUCUCCAGUGCCAAGCUCACUGUCAUGGCUGAACAAAUUCAUUUCACCAAACGCAUCCACAACAUCGAAGUCAACGAACGCCAGUCUGCCACCUUUGAGUGCGAGGUGUCCUUCGACAAUGCUAUUGUGUCGUGGUACAAAGACACAUGGGAGCUGAAAGAGAGCCCCAAGUUCAACUUCAGAAGUGAGGGCAGAAGACAUUUCAUGAUUAUCAGAAAUGUGACCAUUGAAGAUGAAGGCGUUUACUCAGUGAUUGUGAGGUUGGAGCCCAGAGGAGAGGCUAAGAGCACAGCUGAGCUUUAUUUGUCUGCCAAAGAAAUUGAAUUAGCAGCAGUACCUAUUGAUGUCCCAGACUCCUCAGUACAGAGGCCUGAAGUUCCUUUAUCAGUUGCUCUUCAAGUUGAGUAUGAAAGGUGGACAGAAGAGACAGUGACACAACAGGUGUCGACAGCUGCAGUUCCCAGAGUUCCUGUAGAGGAGACUGUGGAGACCAAGAAAGUGGCGAUGAGAGAGGAAAUCCCUUCUGAAGUUAACUCAGUUAGUGCCUUUCAAGCUCCUGAAGCCAAGAAGAAGACUGAAGAGAAGCCAGCUGUGAAGGAGCCCUCACCACCUAAAGUUGCCUCCGGGCAUAUGCAUGUGCGAUGUCCAAAAGGUCCUGAAGCUGCCUGGUGUAGCUCGGACCUGCAGGGGGCAGAUGGUACAUCUGGGGCCCGUCCAAAGGCAAGUGCCACAGGGGUCCUUAUUUCCCUGCCCAAAAUGAGGAAGGCUGGUGUGCAUGAAGUGAGGUCCUACACCGCAGAGCGGCAUGCCAUGAGGACCAGGGACGAGGUUAAGCCUCUGAUACCACAAGAACCUAAAGUGGUGCCUGCAGCCAAGGCCAAAGCUGAUGCAGAGCCAGAGCCAAAACCUGCUGCAAAGGCAGAGCCUAAGCCUGGAGCAAAACCAGAGAUUCCAUCCCAAGUCACACAAGAGGUCCAGAGACCUGAGCCCACAAAGAUCAAACCUGAGCCAUCAGUAACCAAGCCAGAACCAGAGGUAAGAAAACUUCAACCCAAGGUCCCUAAACCAGAGCCAGAAGUCCCACAACCAAAGCCAGCGGUCCCAAAAACAGAGCCAGGAGUCCAGAAAACAAAGCCAGAGGCCCUGGAACUAGAGCCAGAAGUCUGGAAACCAAAGCCAGAGGUCCAAAAACUGAAGCCAGAAGUCCAAAAGUCAGAGCCAAAGGUCCAAAAACCAAAGCCAGAAGUACGUAAACCAGAAACAGACAUCCCUAAACCACAGCCUGUUGUCCGGAAGCCAAAGCCAGAGGUCCCUAAGCCAGAGCCAGAGAUCCCUAAACCUAAACUAGAGGUCCAGAAACUGGGGCCUGCUGUGUCAAAACCAGAAUCCAUUGUCUCCAUGGCAGUGCCUGCUGUUCCAGAACCAAAACUAACAGAAGUGUCCCAGCUUGAGCCAGCCAUGAAAAAAGUUGAACCUGAAAUGAUAAAACCAGAGUCAGUUGUGCCAAAACCAGAACCUGACAAGGCAGAACCACGACCUGCACCUGCUCCACAGAAGCCUGUUCCAAAGAAAGCAGUGAAACCCAAACCAAAACAUGAUUUUGAAGAGGAAGUGCCUGUUCAGCUAGCUGACAAGGUAGUGGAAAAAGAGGCAGAGAAACUGCAUGAGAAGUUUCCUGCAAGGCUUCCAGAAAAGAGCAAGGAAGCUGAGAUCAUAGUGGAGAAAACUCUUGAUAGAGUGCCUCAGAAAACACUUGAAAAACCUGAGAAGGUUUCAGAAAAGCUACUAAAGAAAGAGCCACCAGAGAAAAGCGUAUUCGAGAAAAAGGUACCAGAGAAAAAGGUACCAAAAGAACCUGAGGAGAAACCUGAAAAAGUUCCCCAAAGGCCUGAAAAGGUUCCUCAAAGGCCUGAAAAAGUUCCUCAAAGGCCUGAAAAAAUUCCUCAAAGGCCUGAAAAAGUUCUUCAAAGGCCUGAAAAAGUAGAGAAGAUUUCUGAGAAGGAGCUCCCUGAAAGUGUGCCUGUGCAAGUUCAGGAAGUUAGACCUGAAGUUAAACCAGAGACAAAACCUCCAAAGGAACCAGAGAAGGUCCCUGAGCAUGCUGCAGAGAAAAAAAUUCCAACAAAAAGCCCUGAGAAAAUACCUGACAGUGUUGCUCAUAGGGAAGUGGAGGAAACUUGUCCCAAAGUUCCUGUGAAGGAUAAGGAGUUGCCUCUACAAGUCAAAGAACCACUUGUAAAAAUGGACAUUACCCAAGAAGUGAAAAAGCCACAAGCUGCUGUAAAAGUUCAAGAGGAAUCCAAAAAGGAAACCAAAAAGCCUGAAGUCUCUGAAAAAGCUAAGGAAGUGGAGAGGAAAAUAAGGCAAGAAGCGGCCAAACCACAGCCGGUGAUCAAGGCUGAAGAACCAGAAUGUGAAGAUAUAGAAAAACCUUUCAAGGCAGAAGAGAAAACUGUUGUGACAGACAUGGUUCUUCACAAAAGAGGUAUAAUUCCAUUGGAAGACGAUGGCACAUUUGAGGUUCCCACCUUGAAGAAAACAAGCAGGGUCAUGAAAGAAAUACAAGAGCAACAUGAAGUUAUCACACUGAAGAAGACUCCAUCAGUUCCAUCAAAAGAGGUUGAAGAGGAUGGAAAGCCUAUAAAGGUCACCGAAACCACAGUCUUUGAUGCUGAGGAGAGAGUGUAUGAGGAAGAGACUGUAGAAUUGUCAGUAGCAACAAGGAGACCCAUGGAAGAAAGACAACUUAGAGAGAAAACAGCCACUGAGAAAAAGCCAGAAAUUAAAAAACAUAAACAAAUAGAGCCACAGGACUCAGUCAAAAGUUCAUGGGCCCCUCAGAAAGGCAGCCCUAAAGAAGAGAAGCCAGAGGAGAAGAUUUCCAUAAAGAAAACUCCAAAGACACCAAAGGAUAAGGAAUCUACCACACCGAGUUCAGCCUUGAAAAAAGUAAAACAAUUGCCUUCAGAUGAACCAGAACAAGAAAUAGUAAAACUGAAGCCCUUUGACAGGCCUUCAAAAGCAACAGAGGAACCACAGAAAGACGAAAAGGACAGGCCAAGCAGGGAAGCAGUGCCUAUCCAAAGUACAGAGAGGCUUCCUCGAGAGGAGGAGUUCAAACUACCUGCAAAGAAACCAGAGGAAAAGGAAAUGAAAGAAGAGCCACUGACCAAGAUUCUAAAACCAGCAGAUAAAGAAAAAGAGCCAGAGAAAAAGCAGGAAGAGGGCAAAGGACCAACAAAGGUGAAGAAAAUCUCACCACCAGAACAUGAGAUGGAAAGCAUCAAGCUGAAACCUUUCUCCAGACCAUCAAAGGACACUGAGGAGCCCAGCAAGAAGAAAACAGAAGAUGAAAAAGACAAGAAGCCCACAGAUGACAGAUGGCCCAGUCGUAUCAGUAGAGAUGAAAUUCCGAGACGAGAGACUGAAGCCCAUAUGAAAAAGGCUGACACACCCGAGGAGCCCAGAAAGAAGCCUGAGAAGGUGGUAGAGGCUAAGCCAACUCCAGUGGAGAAAACAGUGACUCCAAAGCCAGCUCCCGAUAAGAAACCAGAAAAGGUUCCUGAGGAGGUCAAACCACUGCAGCUGAAAAAGGGAGUCAUCCCAAAGAAGAAAGAGGAAAAAGAGGAAGUAGUCUUAAAACCUGUGGAACAACUCAAAAAGGUUGAGCUGAAAAAGACCCCAUCGCCCAAGGCUGAUAAACCAAAGCCUAAAGAGCUGGAGUCAAUUCCUAUUGAGAGGAAGCCAAGUAUUGAAAAAGUCAAAAGGAUUCCCAAAACAGUUUCACCCAAAGACUCCAUUGAAGCUGUAACUCUCAAAAAGGUCCCUAAGAAACCAUCACCAGAGGAGAAGGCUGUGGAACCAGUAAAGGAACCAGUGAAACCUGGGAAAGCAAAACAGACCCCAUCUCCUGGUGAUGGUGGCAGAGGCAGGGGCCUGAGGCCUGGUGGAAAAGGCCCAUCACCACCAGAGGAUCCUUUCGGAGGAUUCAAGCUGAAAGCUGUUCCUCUGAAGUUCAUUAAGAAACUCAAAGACAUUGUGUUAAAGGAGGCUGAGUCCAUUGGCUCAUCUGCUGUGUUUGACUGUGAGGUCUCACCCUCCACCGCUAUAACUUCAUGGAUGAAGGAUGGCAGCAACCUCCGUGAGAGCCCCAAGCACAAAUUCACCUCUGAUGGCAAAGAUCGUAAGCUGAACAUUAUUGAUGUCCAGCUGUCUGAUACUGGUGAAUACACCUGUGUGGCUAAGAAUGCUGGCAAGGAAAUACAGUGCUCAGCUAAGCUCAUUGUUGAAGAACUGCCUGUGAAAUGGAUUAAGGAACUAGAAGAGGGGACUUCAGCCCUGAAGGGUCAGCCUAUUUAUAUGACCUGUGAGUUGAAUAAAGAGAGAGAUGUGGUCUGGAAGAGGAAUGGCGAGGUCCUGAAGAAAAAGGCUGGCAAGGUUCAGAUCAACAUCAUUGGGAUGCAGCACGCAGUGACCAUCCAGAACUCCGCUGAGGAAGAUGCUGGAGUCUACACAUGUGAGGUAGCUGCUCAAGAAGAUGUUAAGACGACAACCAACGUAAAAGUGAUUGAAGUCGUUAAAGACUGGAUUGUGAAACCACUGAGAGAUCAACACGUCAAACCUAAAGCAGCCGCCACCUUCAAAUGUGAGCUCUACAAGGACACUCCCAACUGGAAGUGGCUCAAAGGAGAAAAUGAGAUUACGCCUUCUGAUAAGGUGGAGAUGAAGAAGGAUGGAAAGGCGCUGACACUCACCAUCAAGAACUGCCAGCCUAAUGAUGUAGCGGAGUAUGCCUUGGAGGUGGAGGGCCGCGUUUACACCGCCAAACUGACACUAGGAGAGCGGGAGGCAGAGGUCCUGAAGCCUCUGUCCAGUAUGGAGAUAACGGAGAAGGAAGAUGUUGUGUUUGAGACGGAGAUCUCAGAAGACGAUGUUCCAGGAGAAUGGAAGCUCAAAGGGGAAGUUCUGACCAGAUCACCGACAUGUGACAUUGUGGCUGAAGGUACAAAACGUGUUCUCACUCUGAAGAGCGUUCAGCUGGAUCAGGCUGGUGAAGUGUCCUACCAGGCUCUGAAUGCCGUCACCAGCGCCAUGCUAACAGUCAAAGAAAUUGAAUUGGACUUCGUUGUCCCGUUGAAGGAUGUAUCUGUGCCUGAAAAGAAACAGGCGAAAUUUGAAUGCAUCAUUAACAAGGAUGUAGCCAAAGUCAUGUGGUACAGAGAGGAUGACGUCAUCACCUCAGACCAAAAGUAUGACAUCAUCGAUGAUGGAAAGAAGCACAUGCUGAUCAUAAACAGCUGUGAAUUUGAUGAUGAAGAUAGAUACACUGUUGAAGUUUUGGGCAAUUUGUCCUCAGCCAGACUCACAGUGGAGGGUAUAAGGCUCAAAUUUGUCUCACCGCUGAAGGACCAAACGGUGAAGGAAGGCAAUACAGCUCUGUUUGAGCUGGAGCUCUCUCAUGAGAACAUACCGGUCACAUGGUACAAGAAUGAUGAGAAAAUACAUCCUAGCAGAACAGUGCUCACUCGUGUGGAUGGAAAGAAACAUAUCCUAGAGAUGAGGGAGGUGACUCUGGAUGAUACCUGCCAGAUUAAGGCAGAGGCCAAAGGAAUUCCCUCCAUGGCCAACCUGACGGUCAUAGAGGGAGAUGCAUACUUUACAGUUAAGCUGCAGGACUAUACUGCGGUGGAGAAAGAUGAAGUGGUUCUGGACUGUGAGCUCAGCAAAGACGUGGAUGUCAUGUGGUACCACAAUGAGAGUGAGAUCAAGGCCUCCAAGAUGGUGACUGUUAAGGCCGAAGGAAAACGCAGAAUCCUUGUCAUUAAGAAAGUGGCAGACAAAGACAAAGGACAAUACCUCUGUGACUGUGGCACAGACAAGACAACAGCGGUACUUAACAUCGAAGCUCGCACCAUCAAGGUGGUCCGCCCAAUGUAUGGGGUCGAAGUGUUUAAUGGAGAGACGGCUCGAUUUGAAGUGGAGAUCUCCGAAGACGACGUUCACGGGCAAUGGAAGCUAAACGGAGAAGUCCUCAGUCCCUCUGCUGAUGUUGAGAUUGUGGAGGAUGGUGUCAAGCACACUCUGAUCUUGUACAACUGCAAAGUCCCCCAGACAGGCGAGGUGGCGUUCACUGCUGCCAACGCCAAGUGUUCUGCUAACCUGAAAGUGAAGGAAAUUCCUCUCUCGUUCCUCACACCGCUGAGCGAUGUGCACGUGUAUGAGAAGGAUGAGGUGAGGUUUGAGGUAGAAGUGUCCAGAGAGCCCAAAAGCUUCCGUUGGCUGAAGGGAUCUCAGGAGUUGUCAAACAAUGACAAGUAUGAGCUUCUCAUGGUGGACAGGAGACAUACUCUGCUGAUCAAAUCUGCCAGAUACGAAGAUGAAGCCAAAUAUAUGUUUGAGGCUGAGGACAAAAGGACAGCUGGGAAGCUGGUUAUUAAAGGCAUUCGCCUGGAGUUCGUCAAACCUAUCAAGGAUGUGACCGUAAAGGAACGUGAGACAGCUGAGUUCAGCGUUGAACUCUCACACCGUAAGAUCCCAGUGGUGUGGUACAAGAACGAUGUUCGUCUGCACCCCAGCAAGGUCGUUCAUAUGUUGGAGGAUGGCAAGUUCCACACCCUGGCCUUCAAGGAGGUCACCAUCGAUGACACAUCCAUGAUCAAGGUGGAGGCUAUGGGCAAGACCUCAGAGGCCAUGCUUACUGUCAUCGAGGGAGACCCGUACUUCACCUCUAAGCUGCAGAACUACACUGCUGUGGAGAAGGACGAGGUGACGCUAGUCUGUGAACUGAGCAAGGCAGUAGCCGAGGUCAAAUGGUUCAAAGAUGGUAAAGAAAUCACUCCCUCCAAGAAUAUUCUCAUCCAGUCUGAUGGCAAGAAGCGCAUGUUGACCAUCAAGAAGGCAGCAAAGAGCGACAUGGGAGCGUACACCUGUGACUGUGGCACCGACAAAACCACAGCUAACCUGAACAUCGAAGAGCGCGACAUCAAGGUUGUACAUGCGCUGUACAGCGUGGAGGUAACGGAGACGGAGACCGCUAAGUUUGAGACGGAGAUCUCUGAGGAGGACAUCCAUGGAACCUGGAAACUGAAAGGAGAGGCUCUCCACCAGUCUGCUGACGUGGAGAUUAAGGAGGAGGGCGCUAGACACCUGUUGAUCCUCUACAACUGUCAUAUGGACAUGGCAGGAGCUGUGGACUUCUCGGCAGCUAAUGCUAAAUCUUCAGCCCAGCUCAGAGUCAAAGCCCGAGUGAUCGGCCUGCAAAGGCCGCUGAAGGAUGUAACGGUGACUGCUGGGGAAACAGCCACCUUCCAGUGUGAACUGUCGUUUGAAGACAUUGCUGUCGAGUGGUUCCUAGGGGGUACAAAGUUGGAACCAAGCGAUAGAGUGGUCAUCAGGCCAGAGGGGAAAACCCACACCCUGACCCUCAGAGAUGUGAAGCUGGAGGAGGCCGGGGAGGUGAAAGUCACUGCGAAGGACUUCCACACACAGGCCAACCUCAUCGUAAGAGAGCCUCCUGUGGAGUUCACCAAGCCUCUGGAGGACCAGACGGUUGAAGAGGAGGCCACUGCUACUCUGGAGUGUGAAGUCUCCAGAGAGAACGCUGAGGUUUGUUGGCUCAGAGACGGACAGGAGAUCCGCAAAACCAAGAAAUAUGACAUGACCGUUGAUGGCCGCAAGAGAGCGCUCAUCAUCCACGACUGCACUCCAGAUGAUUCAAGGACAUAUACAUGUGAUGCAAAGGACUUCAAAACCUCCUGCUUCCUCAGCGUUGAACCUCCUCAUGUCGAGUUCACCAAGCCGCUCCAUGAUGUUGAGGUCAGAGAAAAGGAGUCUGCCAGGUUUGAAUGUGAAGUGUCCAGAGAAAAUGCCAAGGUGUGCUGGUUGAAAGAUGGAAGUGAGAUUAGAAAGGGGAAGAAGUAUGAGAUUAUUAGCCAAGGUUUCCAACACAUCCUCAUCGUCCACAAGUCAGUCUUUGAUGAUGAGGCGGAAUACGAAUGUGAUGCGAAGACCUCCAAAUCCUCCGGCAUGUUGACUGUCGUUGAGGAGGAGGCCAGGUUUACCAAGAACCUGUCCAACGUGGAGGGAAUGGAGACGGACAGUGUCAAAUUGAUUUGUGAAGUGUCCAAGCCCGAUGCAGACGUUACUUGGUACAAAGGAGAUGAGGAGCUGCCUGAGGGAGGCCGACAUGACCAGAUUGUUGAUGGAAAGAGGAGGAUCCUCAUCAUCCAGGACCUAAAGAUGAGUGAUGGUGGAGAAUACAACUGUAGACUGAGUCCCACCAACAAAACCUCCGGAACUCUGAAAAUUAAUGAACUUGCUGCUGAGUUUAUCUCCAGGCCUCAGAGCCAGGAGGUGGUGGAGGGAGAGAAGGCGGAGUUUGUCUGCUCUGUCUCCAAGGACACCUAUGAGGUCAAAUGGCUGAAAGACAAUCAGAACCUGGAAGCAGGAGACAAGUACCAGAUGAUCGGUGAUGGCAAGAGAAGAACUCUGCUCAUCAAGAACUGUGAGCUCAAGGAUGAGGGCGGGUAUGUGGUGAUGAUUGGUACCACCAGAGCCUCUGCUGACCUCACUGUGCUUGAGAAGCUGAAGGUCAUCACCCCACUGAAGGACACAGAAGCUAAGGAGAACCAGGAAAUUGUUCUCAACUGUGAGGUGAACUCAGAGGAAGCCAAGGGCAAGUGGCUGAAGAACGAAGAGACCAUGUUUGAGAGCAGCAAGUUCACCAUGGUCCAGAGAGACAACGUCUUCUCUCUCAGGAUCAAAGAUGCUCAGAAGGCAGAUGAAGCCCAUUACACCAUCAGCCUGACCAACCACAGAGGAGAACAUGCCAGCAGCUCCUGUAAACUCACAGUCAAAGAGGAGAGUCUUAGGAUCAUAGUUCCUCUGGAAGACAUUGACACACAGGAGAAAAACACAGCCAGCUUCUCAUGUAAGGUCAACAGACCCAACGUGACUCUGAAGUGGAUGAAGGCUGGUCAGGAGGUCCCAUUCAGCAAGCGUGUCCACUACAGAGUGGACAAAGACAAACACACACUGACCAUUAAAGACUGCACGCUGGCAGAUGAGGGAGAAUACACAGUCAUUGCUGGAGAUGAUAGCUCCACAGCAGAGCUGAUCAUCAGUGAAGCUCCCACAGACUUCAGCACCAACCUUAAAGACCAGACUAUCACUGAGUUUGAAGACGCAGAGUUCACCUGCAAGCUGACCAAGGAGAGGGCUGAAGUCAAAUGGUACAGAAAUGGACGAGAGAUUAGAGAAGGACCAAGAUAUACAUUUAAGAAAGAUGGAAAGGUCUGCACGCUGCAUAUCAAGGAGUGCAGACCAGAUGAUGAGUGUGAAUAUGCCUGUGGUGUGGAAGACAAGAGAGUCAGAGCAAGGCUGUUUGUAGAAGAGACCGCAGUGGAGAUAGUCAGACCCCCACAGGAUAUGUUUGAGCCUCCAGGUGCAGAUGUUCUGUUUGAGGUGGAACUCAACAAGGACAGAGUGGAGGUGAAAUGGUUGAGGAACAACAUGACUGUUGUCCAGGGAGACAAGUACCAGAUGGUGAGUGAGGGCAAAGUCCACAGGCUGCAGGUGUGUGAGAUCAGACCUCGUGACCAGGGGGAGUACAGGGUCAUCGCCAAGGACAAAGACGCCAAGGCCAAGCUGGAGCUGGCAGCUGUGCCAAAGAUCAAGACUACAGACCAGAGUUACGUGACAGAUGCUGGUAAGCCCAUCGUGAUGGCUGUUCCCUACAGCGCCUACCCCAAGGCUGAGGCUGACUGGCUGUACGACAACCUGAGUCUGCCCAAAGACAACGUCCACACCUCGGCAGACAGGACAGAGUACAGACUCAAGGACCCCAAGAAGUCUGAUGAGGGACGCUACAAAAUCCUCAUCAAGAACAAACAUGGCGAAGGAGAAGCAUUCAUCAACCUGGAUGUGAUUGAUAUCCCUGGACCAGUGAAGAACUUGCAGGUGAUUGGCACAGCAGACGGUGAGGUCAGCUUGGCCUGGGAGGAGCCUGAGAGCGACGGAGGAAGCAAGGUCAUUGGCUAUGUUGUGGAGAGACGGGAUGUGAAACGUAAGACUUGGACGCUGGCUACAGACCACGCUGAGAGCCCUGAGUACACAGUGACCGGCUUGCAGAGAGACGCCAUGUACCUGUUCAGAGUAUGUGCCCGCAACAGAGUGGGCAGUGGACCCAACGUAGAGACGGACAAACCUGUGCAGGCCAAGAACAAGUUUGAUGUGCCCGAGCCUCCUCUCAAUGUGAUUAUUGGAAACGUGUCUAAGUUUGGUUGCACCGUAUCCUGGGAGCCUCCAGAGUCAGACGGAGGCUCUCCCAUCACCGCUUACAUCAUUGAACUACGUGACAGGACCUCAGUCAAGUGGUCUGCUGUCCAGGUGACCAAGCCAGACCAACUCAGUGCCAUCAUCAAUGACGUCAUUGAGAACAAGGAGUAUAUCUUCAGAGUCAAAGCUGAGAACAAAGCUGGUGUUGGUAAGCCCAGUGCUGCCUCCACGCCAGUGAAGAUCAUGGACCCCAUCGAGCGUCCCAGUCCUCCUCAGAACUUGGUGUGGCAGGACCAGAACAAGAGUUCAGUCCAACUGUCCUGGGAGACUCCUGCCAAUAAUGGAGGCAGCAUGAUCACCGGAUACAUCAUUGAACGUUGUGAGGACGGCGUCGACAAGUGGCUAAGAUGUAACGCCAGGCUCUGCCAGGACCUCUGCUAUAAAGUGUCUGGUCUGAAGUAUAGCACCAAGUACAACUACAGAGUGUUUGCAGAGAACGCAGCUGGAAUCUCUGAUCCCUCCAACAUCAUCGGACCUCUCCUGGCAGAUGAUCCACAUGUGGGUCCAACCUUGGACCUGAGUGCCUUUAAAGACGGUCUGGAGGUGAUUGUUCCUCAGCCUCUCACCAUCCGUGUCCCCAUCAGCGGUUACCCAACUCCUACUGCCAAGUGGACCUAUGCAGACAAGGAGCUGACUGCUGGAGAACGUGUCUCCAUGCUGACCAAGUCCACCUUCACAGAGCUGGUGGUGACACCCAGCGUACGUCCAGACCAGGGCACCUACUCCCUGACCCUGGAGAACGAUGUCACCUCUGUGUCUGGAGAGAUAGACGUCACCGUCAUUGCUUCUCCCAGUGCACCUAAAGAUUUCAAGGUUCAGGAGGUGACUCGGCAGCAUGUCCACCUAACCUGGGAAGCUCCAGAACAUGAUGGAGGAAGUCCUCUGACUGGAUACCAGGUGGAGAAACGAGACGUGUCCCGUAAGACCUGGAUCAAGGUUGUUACUGGUCUCCAGGACCAGGAGUAUACAGUGACUGAUGUGAUUGAAGGAAAGGAGUAUCUGUUUAGAGUCACAGCCUGCAACAAAUGUGGACCAGGAGAGCCAGCUUACACAGAUGAACCCGUCAAUGUCUCUUCUCCUGCUACCGUCCCUGAUCCUCCAGAGAACCUGAGAUGGAGGGACAAGACUGCCAGUGGAAUCUUCCUGACCUGGGAGCCUCCGAGGUACGAUGGUGGCACUGGAAUCAGAGGCUACAAUGUGGACCGCUGCCAGAGAGGAAUGGACAAAUGGGAGCCCUGUGGAGACAUGGUGCCUGAACUCAAAUGUCAGGUCACGGGCUUAAUUGAGGGCCAGUGGUACGCCUACAGAGUGCGAGCCCUGAACCGCCUGGGAGCCAGCAGACCCUGCAAGGCCACUGAUGAGAUCCUGGCUGUGGAUCCGAAAGAGCCUCCAGAGAUCCAGCUGGACGCUAAACUGCUGGCUGGUCUGACGGCCAAGGCUGGAACCAAGAUCGAGCUUCCUGCCGAGGUGACUGGAAAGCCUGAGCCAAGAGUGAAGUGGACCAAAGCUGACUUGGUGCUCAAACCAGAUGACAGAGUCUCUAUCGACACAAAACCCAGGCACUCCACCGUCACCAUCGCCAAGACCGUGAGAGAUGACACCUCCACAUACAUUAUUGAAGCCACCAACAGCAGCGGACGCGCUACUGCCACUGUUGAUGUCAAUAUUUUGGAUAAGCCUGGUCCUCCUGCUGCUUUUGACAUCUCUGAGAUCACUAAUGAGUCCUGCUUCCUGGCCUGGAAUCCUCCCAGAGACGACGGCGGGUCCAAGGUCACCAACUACAUUGUGGAGCGGCGUGCUACUGACAGUGAGAUUUGGCACAAGCUGUCAUCCACCGUUAAACAGACCACCUACAAGGCCGUGGGCCUGGUCAGAUUUAAGGAGUACAUCUUCAGAGUCUUUGCUGAAAACCAGUUUGGCAUUGGAGCACCAGCAGAACAUCCCUCCAUCAUUGCCAGAUACCCCUUCGAUACUCCUGGAGCUCCUUACAAGCUGGAGCCCUCAGACAUUGCCAAGGACUCCCUGAAUCUUUCCUGGUAUGAGCCCGAUGAGGAUGGCGGUAGCCCCAUUACAGGCUACUGGGUGGAGAGAUACGAACCAGACCAUGACAGAUGGAUGAGAUGCAACAAGCUGCCCAUCAAAGAGACCACCUACAGGGUGAAAGGUCUUCCUACUAGGAAGAAGUACAAGUUCAGGGUUUUGGCUGAAAACUUGGCUGGAACCGGAAAACCCAGCAAGGAGACAGACCUGAUCCUGGUCAAAGAUCCUAUUGAUCCUCCAUGGGCUCCUGGUAAGCCCACAGUAAAGGAUGUGGCCAAGACCUCUUGUUUCCUCAUGUGGACUAAACCAGAGCAUGAUGGUGGAGCCAAGAUUGAUGGCUACGUUAUUGAGAUGUUGAAGAGCGGAACCACGGACUGGAUCCGUGUUGCAGACAAUGUCAGUCUCCUAGAGCACUUCCUGAAGGGCCUGAUGGAGAAGCAGGAGUACUCCUUCCGGGUCAGAGCUGUCAACAUAGCAGGAGAGAGCGAGCCCAGCGAGCCCAGCGAUCCUGUGCUCUGCAAGGAGAGACUCAACCCUCCCUCUGCUCCUCGCUGGCUGGAUGUGAUCAACAUCAGCAGGAACAGCGCUGAGUUGAAGUGGACAGCCCCCGAGAAGGACGGAGGCUCCCCCAUCACUAACUACGUGGUGGAGAAGAGGGAUGUCAGACGUAAGGGCUGGCAGACAGUCGACACCACCGUCAAGGAGCUGAAAUAUACAGUGACUCCCCUGAAUGAGGGCUCCCUUUAUGUGUUCCGUGUUGCUGCUGAGAAUGUCGUGGGACUCGGACCUUUCUGUGAGCUUGAAGACUCUGUGCUGGCUAAGGACACCUUCACUACACCUGGACCUCCCUAUGCCUUGGCUGUUUUUGCUGUGACCAAGAGAUAUGUGGACCUGAAUUGGGAGGCCCCCAAGAAUGACGGUGGCAGACCCAUCCUCAGAUAUUCCAUAGAGAAGAAAGAGAAGCUGGGAACUCGGUGGGUGAAGUGUGGCAAGACCUCUGGUCCAGACUGUAAAUACAGAGUGACUGAUGUCAUUGAGGGAACAGAGGUUCAGUUCCAGGUCUGUGCUGAGAAUGAGGCUGGAGUAGGACACCCAAGUGAACCCACUGAGAUCCUCACCAUAGAGGACCCCACAGGUGUCCCAUCUCCUCCCAUUGAGCUGCAUGUGACGGGAGCCAGCCGGGACUACCUGGCCAUUGCUUGGAAGCCUCCGGAGAGGAAUGGUGGCAGCCCCAUCACCGGCUACCACAUCGAAAUGUGUGAGGCUGGAACAGAGAAGUGGAUGAGGGUCAACUCCAGGCCCGUCAAGGAGCUGAAGUACCAUAUUGAAGAGGGGGUGGUUGCUGAGAAGGAAUAUGUUCUGAGAGUGCGCGCCAUCAAUGCUGUCGGAGUCAGUGAACCCUCAGACAUCUCUGAGAAUGUCUUCGCUAAAGAUUCUGACUGUAACCCCACCCUGGAGUUCCAGACUCUGGACCUGGUUGUGGUGGAGACAGAGAAGAUGAGCAUCCCAGUUCCUUUCAGAGCAGUGCCCUCACCUAAGAUCACCUGGCACAAAGAUGGCAAGGAGCUGAAGGCCAGCGAGCGACUAGAAUUCAGGAAGGAGUACACUUCCUGUCACUUGGAGGUUGCCAGCUGUCUGCACGCUGAUGCAGGACAGUACAAAGUCACUCUGGAGAACAAACUGGGAGCCGCCAGCGCCACCAUCAAUGUUAAAGUCAUUGGCCUGCCUGGACCCUGUAAGGAGAUUAUUGCCACAGAGAUUACAAAGAGUUCCUGUAAGGUGUCCUGGGAUCCUCCCGACUAUGACGGAGGAAGCCCCAUCCUGCACUAUGUUCUCCAGCGCCGUGAGGCAGGCAGAAGGACAUAUGUCAACAUGAUGUCAGGAGAGAACAAGGUGAGCUGGCCUGUUAAAGACCUCAUUCCCAACGGGGAAUACUACUUUCGGGUCAGAGCAGUCAACAAGAUCGGAGGAGGAGAGUACAUUGAGCUGCGCAACCCUGUUAUUGCUGAGGACCAGAAACAUGCCCCAGACCCACCAGUAGAUGUGGAGACCCACAACCCUACUUCCAGCACUGUGACCCUGACCUGGAAGCCUCCUAUGUAUGACGGCGGCGCCAAGAUCAUGGGCUACGUCCUGGAGAAGCUGCAGAAGGGCGAGGAGAAAUGGGAGAGGUGUAAUGACUUCCUGGUGCCCGUGCUGUCCUACACUGUCAGAAGGCUGACAGAGGGGAAGAACUACCAGUUCAGAGUCAAAGCUGAGAAUGCAGCAGGAGUCAGUGAACCCUCCCGCAGCACGCCAUUCGUCAAAGCCUCUGAUGCUAUCGAUCCUCCUAAAGUAUUCCUAAGUGGCAGCCUGCAGUCUGGGCUGAGCAUCAGGAAAGGCUGUGAGAUCUGCCUGGAUGCCAACAUCUCCGGCUCCCCUUACCCUCAGAUCACCUGGUACUGGAACAACCAGGUGAUCAGACCAGAGGCCCUCAGGAAGAGACCUGACAAACCCAUCAAGAAGAAGAAGAAAGAGGUGGAGAAAAAGGAGGAACCAGCAGAACCUGAGGUUGAAGAGUCUGAGUAUCCAACAAUCAAUGAGCGCCUGACCAUCAAUAAUAGCCAGAAGGGAGAGUCCUGCGUUGUCGUCGUGGAUACUGUGCGUGGUGACCAUGGUGUCUACACUGUUAAGGUGGAGAAUGACCAUGGAAUAGCCUCUGCCUCCUGUGAGGUCAACGUGCUUGACACUCCUGGACCUCCGGUGAACUUCCGUUUUGAGGAGGUGAGAAAGAACUCUGUCAUUUGUAAAUGGGAUCCUCCUCUGGAUGAUGGAGGCAGUGAGAUCCUAAAUUACACCCUUGAGAAGAAGGACAACUCCAAGCUGGAGAUUGGCUGGAGCACCGUCACUUCCACCUUGCGGGGAUGCCGCUACCCGGUGCCCAAACUCAUUGAGAAGAAGGAGUAUAUCUUCAGAGUGGUGGCUGAGAACAAGUUUGGAGCUGGCCCAGCCUGCAUCUCCAAACCCCUCAUCGCCAAGAAUCCCUUUGAUCCUCCUGGGACUCCUGAUAAGCCAGAGAUCGAUGACAUCACAGCCCACAGCAUGCUGGUCUCCUGGAAUGAGCCCAAUGACAAUGGGAGCCCCAUCCUGGGUUACUGGGUAGAGCGCCGUGAAAUCAACAGCACCCACUGGGCCCGGGUCAACAGGGACCUCGUCACAGACACUGAGGUGAACGUGGAGGGUCUGAUAGAAGGACUGACCUACAUCUUCAGAGUAGCAGCUGAGAACCAAGCAGGACCUGGAAAGUUCAGCAUCCCUUCAGACCCCAAGACUGCCCAGGCCCCGAUCUUACCUCCUGGACCUCCUGUAGCCAGAGUGGUGGAAACCACAGACUACUCCAUCGAUGUGGAGUGGGAUCCCCCUGUGGAUAAUGGAGGAGGAGAGAUCCUGGGAUAUCACGUUGACAAGGCCAUGGCUGGUACCAAGGACUGGUCCAGAUCUACAGAACGCCCCUGGAAGACCCGGACCUUCACAGUGUAUGGAGUCAGAGAGGGAGCCAAAUACCUUGUUCGAGUAAUCGCCUGUAAUGCUGCUGGAGAGGGAACGCCUGGUUUCACUGAGUCGGUGUUUGUCAGAAACCCCGCAGAAGUACCAGUGAUUGAGCUGGACCUGUCCAUCAGGAACGGCGUGUUUAUCAGAGCAGGAGAGAACCUCUGCCUGCCGGCCACUGUCACCGGGAAACCCCAGCCCUCCAUCACCUGGGUGAAGGAUGACGCCAAGCCAGACAAGGACCGGGUGGAGAUCAUUGACGAUGCUAAUAAGAGUAUUGUCUCUAUCAAAAAUGUCCAGAGGAAGGACUGUGGCAAAUAUCAGAUCACUGCCUGCAACCCCAGUGGUACCAAGUCAGCCUGGACCAGAGUGGAGGUCAUGGAUGUCCCUGGACCAGUCACAGACCUCAAGCCUGUGGUAGUCACCCGCAAGAUGAUCUUCCUGAACUGGGAUGACCCCGCGGACGAUGGAGGAAGUGACCUCACUGGCUUCCUUGUUGAGAGGAGAGAUGCUAAGAUGCACACGUGGAGACAGCCUGUCGAGACGGCCUCCUCCAAGUGUGAGUGUGUUGGCAUCAUGGAGGGACAAGAAUACAUGUUCCGGGUCAUCGCCAAGAACAAGUAUGGCAUGGGCCCCCCUGUGGAGCUGGGCCCCAUCAAGGCUGUGGACCCACAAGGACCUCCAACCUCCCCUGAGAAGUUCCAUUACAAAGAGAGAACCAAGAACUCCAUUACCCUGGCUUGGAAGCCUCCUCGUAAUGAUGGAGGAAGCCCCAUCAUUGGCUACUUUGUGGAGAAGAAAAGACAGGACCAGCAGGCCUUCGAGCCCUGCAACAAAGAGAUCUGCCCAGACCUGAGCAUGCCUGUGGAAGGUCUGGAUGAGGCCUGGAUGUAUGAGUUCAGGAUUAAGUGUGCCAACCUCAUCGGAGAGAGCGACCCCUCAAGCCCCCUAACUGUGGUGAUCCAGGAUGAUGAAGUGGCUCCUGAGAUUCACAUGCUGAAGCACUUUAAGGGAGACGCCAUCACAGUGAAGAAGGGAGAUGCCAUUGAGAUCCCUGCCGAUGUCCUGGGACUGCCCAUCCCCAAGGUGGAGUGGUCCAAGGAUGAUGUGGUGAUCGACAAGCCCUCAGAGGCCCUACUGAUAGAGACUGUACAGACUGGCCGACAGAACUGCAAAACCACCCUGUCUAUCCCUUCAGCCAACAGGAGAGACAAGGGCACCUACAACCUGUCUGCCUCAAACAACAUGGGCUCAGCAAGCCACUCCAUUUCCAUCAUGGUUCUGGACCGCCCCCUGCCUCCCAGAAAUGUGACAGUGUCCAAUAUCAAGGCAGAGUCCUGCUACCUCCACUGGGAGGCGCCACUGGAUGAUGGUGGCAGUGAGCUGACCAAUUACAUUGUAGAGAAGAAGGAUGAAGCUCCUCCUGAGCCCCAGUGGACAGAGGUCACCAACAGCAUCGUUGAGAAAAGAUACGGGGUGUGGCACCUAGAGACCAACAAAACCUACCUGUUCAGGGUCAGAGCUGAGAACCGCUAUGGUAAAUCUGACCCCUGUAUGACAGAGGAGGUCCAGAUCAAAGACCCCUUCGGCCUCCCCGGGCCUCCAGAGAAACCCACAAUUGCUGAAUUCUCCAAGACCUCCAUGACCCUUACCUGGGAGCCUCCCAGGGACAAUGGUGGCUCCCUGAUCACAGGCUAUUGGCUGGAGAAGAGGGAGAAAGGCUCCUCCUACUGGGCCAGAGUCAACAAGGCUCCUGUCACCAAACGUGCUGUGAAGGGCUGGGAAUACCAGGUGACCCGUCUGAUUGAAGGGACAGAGUAUGAGUUCAGAGUAGCAGCCUGCAAUGCUGCAGGAACCGGACCAUUCAGCGGACCUUCAGAUUCAGCCUUUGCUGUUGACCCACUGACCCCACCCAGCAUGCCCGCUGCUCCAGAAGUGGUUGAUAAGACCAAGCACAGUAUCACCCUGAACUGGAAGCCUCCAGAGAAGGAUGGAGGAAGCCCCAUCAAAGGCUACAUCGUUCAGAUCCAGGAUGAGGGCACCUCUGACUGGGUGAGGGUCACUGACCCAGAUACCCUCCACCCAACCACAGAGUUCACUAUGCCCAGUCUCAGGGAGUUGAAGCGCUAUCGCUUCAGGAUCAUCGCUGUUAACGACAUUGGAGAGUCUGACCCCAGCCCCAGGACCUCUGAGGUUUUGGUGGAGGACGUUCAAGCUGAGCCUAAGAUCUUUGUGGAUGUAGUCGCUGAUGACCUGCUCUGCAUCAGGGCUGGAAAUCCAAUCAGAAUCCCUGCCAUCAUAACAGGCCGCCCUGUCCCCAAGGUGACCUGGGAUUUUGAUGGCAAAGCGAAGAAGCACAAGAAGAACAAACUUCACACACUGCCAGUGGACUCUGAGCUCGAGUCUACAGACACCACAUCAACGUUGACCAUCCCAGUGAGUCUGAGGAGCCACUCCGGACGUUACACCAUCACAGCCAAGAACAAGUCAGGACAGAAACAUGUCAACGUCAGAGUCAACGUCCUCGACGUCCCUGGGGCUCCUAAAGAUCUGAAGGUGACUGAUCCCACCAGAGCCACCAUGAGGCUGAUCUGGAAGCUGCCAGACAACGAUGGAGGAGAGAGGAUCAAGAGCUACUUCAUUGAGAAGAGAUGCGUAUCUGACAAGGCCUGGACCAAGGUGAAUGUGGCAUGUGCCAGUCAGGCCUAUGUGGUUCCUGGUCUGUUGGAGGGUCAGGACUACAUGUUCCGAGUCCGUGCUGAGAACAGGCUGGGCUUUGGACCUUUCACCGUCACCACUGAACCUGCCAGAGCGAGAGACCCCAUCUACCCCCCUGAUCCUCCUACCAAGGUGAAGAUCAACCUGGUCACCAAGACCACUGUGACUCUGACCUGGGAGCCUCCUAAGAACAACGGUGGCUCUCCGGUCACACAUUACAUCAUCGAACGGCUGAGCUGGGACACCACUGGCAAGGAAAAGGAGACCUGGAAGCAAUGCAACAAAAGAGAUGUCGAGGAGCUCACCUUCGUGGUUGAGGACCUGAAGGAGGGAGGAGAGUACGAGUUCAGGGUGAAGGCCGUCAAUGCAGCCGGCCCCAGCAGACCCUCUGCCACUGCUGGACCAAUGGUCAUCAAGGACCAGACAUGUGCUCCCACCAUUGAGCUGAGAGAGUUCAUGGAGGGGGAGGAGGGCUGCGACGUCAGCAUUGUCGCCAAGAUCAGUGGCUGUCCUUUCCCCAGUCUCACCUGGCAGAGGGCUGACCUGGCAAAGCCCGAGGAAAAAACAGCCAUUCACUACGACCAGCACAUCAACAAGCUGGUCACCCAAGACAAAUGUACUCUGCUCAUCCAGCAGUCCAGGAGAGAUGACAGCGCCCUCUACAGUCUUACUGCUACCAACAGCCUGGGAACUGCCUCCAAGGACAUCAAACUCACUGUGCUGGGUCCUCCUGGCCCACCUACUGGACCAAUCAAAUUCACUGAGGUGUUUGCUGAGAGAAUUGGCCUGGCCUGGAGCGCUCCCAAAGAUGAUGGUGGCUCCAAAAUCACUAACUAUGUCAUUGAGAAACGUGAGGAGAACAGGAAAUCCUGGGUCCAUGUCUCCAAUGACCCAAAAGAGUGUGCCUACGUCGUGACCAGACUGACAGAGAACCACGAGUAUGAGUUCAGAGUCAUGGCCCAAAACAAGUUUGGAACUGGACCUCCACUGGCCAGUGAGCCUGAGAAGGCCAGGAACCUCUUCACUGUCCCAGGUCAGUGUGAAAAGCCCACUGUGACUGAGAUCUGUCUGGAGUCCAUGACUGUCAACUGGGAUGAACCGGAGUAUGACGGCGGCUCCUCCAUCACUGGCUACUUCAUAGAGAAGAAGGAGACCACCUCCAAGCGCUGGACGCGGGUCAGCCGUGAACCUAUCAGAGCUUUACCUCUGGGCAACAACUGGGACGUCACUGGUCUGUUGGAAGGAGCCAUGUACCAGUUCAGAGUCAUCGCCGCUAAUGCUGCAGGCUGUGGGCUGCCCAGCGUGCCCUCUGACCCUGUUCUCUGCAGAGACCCCAUCAAGCCACCAGGCCCGCCCACUCCCAAGGUGACGGACUGGACCAAGUCCACAGUGGAGUUGGAAUGGAUUCCUCCCCUGAUAGAUGGAGGUUCCAAGGUCACGGGCUACAUUUUGGAGUUUAAGGAGGAAACAGAAGAAGAAUGGCAGAAGGCCAAGGACAAGGAGAUCAGAGGAACUAAAUUUGUGGUUCCAGAUCUCAAAGAAGGUGGUCUGUACCGCUUCCGGGUCAGAGCCGUCAAUGCAGCGGGAGUGGGAGAACCAGGACAGGUCGCUGAGGUCAUUGAGGUCAAAGACAGGACAAUUGCUCCUGAGAUGGACCUGGAUGCCUCGGUGAAGGAGAAGAUUGUGGUCCAUGCCGGAGGCACCAUCCGCAUCAUUGCCUAUGUGUCUGGUAAACCUGCUCCACAGAUUAGCUGGUGUCGUGAUGAUGCCGAAGUACCCAAGGAGGCUGUGGUGGAGAAGACUGGCAUAUCCAACAGUCUGGUUAUCAAGAACUGCAGGAGGAAUCAUCAGGGCAUCUACACCCUGAGCGCCAAGAAUGAGGGUGGAGAGAGAAAGAAGGCCAUUAUUGUAGAGGUCCUGGAUGUACCCGGGCCAGUGGGUCUUCCCUUCGCUGGGGAGAACCUGACCACAGACUCCUGUAAACUGACCUGGUAUUCUCCUGAGGAUGACGGGGGCUCUGCCAUCACCAACUACAUCAUAGAGAAGAGAGAGUCGGACCGAAUGGGCUGGACCUCUGUGUCCUACACAGUGACCAGGAACAACGCCGUGGUCCAAGGGCUUAUUGAUGGAAAGGGCUACUUCUUCCGAAUCGCUGCUGAGAACAUCAUUGGCAUGGGACCCUUCAUAGAGACGGACAAGAUGGUGCUCAUCAAAGACCCCAUCUCUGUACCAGAGCGCCCGGAGGACUUGGAGGUCACAGCUAUCACCAAGGACUCCAUCUCCAUUGCCUGGAGACCACCUAAGUACGACGGUGGUGCUGAGGUCACAGGAUACAUCCUGGAGUCUCGCCUAAUUGGCAAGGACAACUUCACCCGCAUUGGUGGGGAGGACAAGCUGAUGGACAGGAAGUUUACUCACAGUGGGCUGAAGGAGGGCUCCAGCCAUGAGUUCAGAGUCUCAGCCAUCAACCAGGUUGGACAGGGCAAGCCUUCUUUCUGCACCAAGCCCAUCCAGUGCAAAGAAGAUCUAGAACCUCCCACCCUGGACCUGGACUUCAGGGACAAGAUGGUGGUGAAGGUAGGAGAUGUUUGCACAUUGCAGGGCCGCUACACUGGUAAACCUGCUCCCACCAUCACCUGGACCAAGGACAAGGAGGAGGUGAAGGCAGGUGAGGAGAUUAGCAUCCACCACACCAGCAGACACCUGAGCCUGACCCUGGCCAAAGCCAAGCGAGAACAAAGUGGGUGCUACUGCGUUACUCUGGAGAACAGUGUGGGAACGCGCAAGGAAAUCUGUAACGUCACCGUGGUUGACCGCCCACAGCCCCCUCAGGGUCCUGUAGUGUUUGAUGAGGUCUACAGGAACUACAUGGUCAUUUCCUGGAACCCUCCUCUGGAUGACGGUGGCUGUGCCAUCUCCAACUACAUCAUUGAGAAGAGAGACACCAACAGAGACUUGUGGAUGCCUGUUACCGUUUCCUGCACGAGGACCACCUGCAAGGUUCCCAAGCUGAUCGAGGGUCGUGAGUACAUCAUUAGGAUCAUGGCUCAGAACAUCUAUGGUGUCAGCGACCCUCUGCUCUCUGCUGAGACCAAAGCCAGAGAUAUCUUCAAGGUGCCUGAUGCUCCCAAACAGCCCACAGUAAAGGAGGUUUACAAAGAUACCGCUCUCAUCAGCUGGGAGCCUCCAGCAGAUGGAGGAAAACCCAUCACUGGAUACAUCGUAGAGAGAAAGGAGACCAUGGCUAACAGGUGGGUUCGCUGCAACAAGCAGAAGAUCUACCCCAAGGAGGAGUACUGGGUGGAGGAGCUGCUGCAGGGUUGUGAAUACGAGUUCCGAGUCAGUGCAGAGAAUGUGGUGGGCGCAGGAGACCCCAGCCCACCGUCCAAACCAGUCUUUGCCAAAGAUCCGAUAGUGAUCCCUGGCCCUCCAAUCCACCCUGAGGCUGUUGACAGGACCAAGGAAUCCGUGGCUCUGUCCUGGCAGCCUCCCAAAGACACAGGCCGAGGAAAGAUCUUCGGCUACCUAGUUGAAUUCCAGAAAGCAGGAGAGGAGGAAUGGCUGAAGGUGAACCAGACCCCAGACUCCUGUCAGGAGACCAAAUUUAAGGUGAUCAACCUGGAGGAGGGCGCUCUGUACCGCUUCAGGAUCAUGGCUGUCAAUGCUGCCGGAGAGUCUGAACCUGCUUACGUCAAGGAGCCAGUCAGAGCUCAAGACAGACUGGAGCCCCCAGAGCUGGUGUUGGAUGCUGGUAUGACCCGUGAGGUGAAGGCCAUGGCAGGAACCCACAUCACUCUGAUGGCUGCUAUCAAGGGUAUCCCCUUCCCUACCGUCACCUGGAAGAAGAAUGACGCUGAGGUGCCCACCAGGGCUGACAUCGAAGUCAACCAGAUGGGCACCAAGCUUGACAUGAGGUUCUGUAAUCGGGGUGACUGUGGAGACUACACCCUGACUGUGGAGAACCCAGCUGGGUCCAAGACCGUCACCUGCACUGUGCUGGUCCUGGACAAGCCUGGCCCCAUCCAGCAUCUGCGUGUGUCUGAUGUGAGGAGUGACUCAGCCUACCUGUCCUGGAAGGAUCCAGAGGACAAUGGAGGUGAACGUAUCACUAACUUCGUGGUGGAGAAGAAAGAUGCAGCAUCAGCUCAAUGGGUUCCUGUUUGCUCGUCCUCUAAGAAACGCAGCGCGAUGCUGAAGCACCUGAUGGAGGGAACCUCCUACCUUUUCAGAGUAGCUGCGGAGAACCAGUUUGGCAGGAGUGAAUACGUUGAGACACCCAAGGCCAUCAAGGCCAUGAACCCACUCUUCCCCCCCGGCCCUCCCAAAGACCUGCACCAUGUUGAUGUGGACAAGACAGAAGUGUGGCUGGUCUGGAACUGGCCUGACCGUAAUGGAGGAAGUGAAAUUACUGGCUUCCUGGUUGAGUACCAGGAAGAGGGAGAGAGAGAAUGGGAUGAAUGGAAGACUGUCAGUAUUCCUGAGAGUCAUGUGACCGGCCUGGAGGAAGGAAAGACCUACCGCUUCCGUGUGAGGGCUGAGAACGCCAUUGGCUUGAGCCGACCAGACACAACUGUACCUGUUCUGUGUCAGGAGAAGCUUGUGCCUCCCAUCGUUGAAGUGGAUGUUAAGCUGACUGAGGGCAUCAUUGUCAAGGCAGGCACAACCAUUAGGCUGCCAGCCAUUAUGAGAGGAAUCCCUAUGCCCACUGCCAAGUGGACCAUUGAGGGAGAGGAGAUCACCAGCCAGGGCAACGUCAAGAUUGACACUGACAACUUCUCUACAGUGCUCAGUAUCAAUGAGUGCACGAGAAACCACUCCGGCAGCUACCUGCUCACUGUGUCAAACCCUGCUGGAACCAAAACAGUUGCAAUGAGCGUGACUGUUCUGGACGUCCCUGCCGCUCCAAUCGGACCUGUUAAUAUCCUGGAAGUCACACCCGACUCCAUGCUGAUUGAAUGGCGUCCCCCUAAAGAUGAUGGUGGCAGCCCUGUCAUCAACUACAUAGUGGAGAAGAGAGAGUCCAACAAGGAGACCUGGGGAGGCGUCAGCUCUGGCGGCACGGCCACCAAACUCAAGAUCUCUCGCCUGCAGAAAGGAGUAGAGUAUGUGGUUCGCAUUCGUGCAGAGAACAAAAUGGGCAUUGGUGCUCCUCUGGAGAGCAAACCUACUGUUGCCCAGCAUGACUUUGAACCCCCAGCUCACCCUGGAAAGCCCCAGACCUCUGACAUUUCAGAAGAUGCUGUGACUGUUGGGUGGACUAUGCCUCUGUUUGAUGGUGGCAGUAUAAUCACUGGCUAUAUCAUUGAGCGCAGACACAAGGGAGGAAAAUGGAUCCGUGUGAACAAGACUCCGUGCAAGGAUCUGAGAUAUAGAGUCCUGGGACUGUUCGAGGGCAAUGACUAUGAGUUCAGAGUGUUUGCUGAGAACAUCGCUGGAUUCAGCGGACCCUCUCCCAUCUCUGACCCUUGCAAGCCCUGCAGGCCUCUUACUGCCCCCAGCCCUCCAGUCAACCCCAAAGUUAAAGACUACAGUAAGACCACUGCUGACCUGGUGUGGACCAAACCUACUAGAGAUGGAGGCAGCCCCAUCCUGGGUUACACUGUGGAGAUGAAGAAAGCUGAUGCUGAGGAAUGGAAGAAGGUCAACUUGGAUGACUUCAUCAAGCAAUGUGCCUACAGAGUGAAGGGCUUGGAGGAGGGCACAGAGUAUAGGUUCCGUGUCUCGGCCUCCAACAUGAUCGGAGACGGUGAGCCCAGAGAGAUCCCAGAGUCCAUCACUGCGCAGGACAUUCUCAUCCCCCCUGAGAUCGAGAUGGAUGCAACCUGUCGUGAGCGACUCACAGUCCGUGUUGGACACAACAUCAACAUAACUGGCUACAUAAGGGCCCGUCCUGACCCUGAGGUCCUCUGGUCUAAAGAAGAGACUGUUCUUGAAAACAGCAAGCGGGUCACCAUCACCCAGAACUUCCCUGUGGUCCACAUUAAAAUCAAAGAGGCCACCAGGGCUGACCACGGCAAAUACACCCUGAAGGCUUCUAAUGAAGGUGGUGAGGCCACUUGUACCAUCACUGUGAAUGUGUUGGACAGACCUGGCCACUGCCAGAACCUCCACAUGACCUAUGUGACCAAAGACUCCUGCAUGAUCAACUGGGAGGCUCCUAAGGACAACGGUGGCUCUGAGAUCACCAACUACAUUGUGGAGUGCCGUGAACCCAGCAUCAGCAUGUGGUCUAUGAUCUCCUCUGACUGCACCAACCGCAAGAUCAAGGCCAAGCUAAUGGAAGGUCAUGAGUACCUGUUCCGUGUUUGUGCUGAAAACAAGAUGGGUCCUGGCCCUACUACGGAGACAAAGACUCCUCUUUUGGCCAUUGACCCCAUCGAGAAGCCUGGAGAGCCUGAGAAAUUCAGAGCCACUGACAUCGGAAAGAACUACGUCUACCUCAGAUGGAGAAAGCCUGACUACGAUGGUGGCAGUCCCAAUAUCUCCUACAACCUGGAGUGUAAGGCCAAAGAUGCAGAGGAGUGGGUGAAACUCAACACUGGUCCUCUCACUGACACAUUCUUCAUGGCUGACAAAUGCUCUGAGAACCAGACCUACACCUUCAGGGUGCAGACGAUCAAUGAAGGUGGUGAGAGUGCUUGGGUGAAGCUCCAAGAUAUUUUGGUGAGGGAGGAGAUUCAGAAGCCUGUUAUCGACCUGAAGCUAGCAGGAGCCAUCACAGUGAAGGCGGGUGAAUCAGUCAGGAUGGAGGCUGCACUGAGAGGAAAGCCCCAGCCGGAGGUCAAAUGGGUGAAGGACAAAGCCACAGGAGACAACCCUAGAAUGAGCUACGAGACUGGGGCUGACUAUUCCAAGUUCCUGUUGACCAAGUCCAAACGUUCUGACACCGGCAAGUAUGUCAUUACUGCCUCUAACACUGCCGGCACCUUUACAGCCUAUGCCAACGUCAACGUCCUGGAUAUACCAGGGCCUGUGAGAGACCUGAGAAUUACUGGCAUCGGAGCUGAUAAGUGCAGAGUGGUUUGGGACCCUCCAGAGGAUGAUGGAGGAUGUGAGGUGGACAGCUACAUUCUAGAAAAGUGUGAGACCAGGAGAAUGGUCUGGUCCACCUACUCUGCCUCUGUGGUGACUUCUUACUGCAAUGUCACCCGUCUGGUGGAGAGCAAUGAGUAUAUCUUCAGAGUAAGGGCAGAGAAUAAAAUGGGAACUGGCCCAGCCAUGGAGAGCAAGCCUGUUACUGUCAAGACCCAGUUCAACAAACCUGGACCCCCUGAAGCUCCUGAGGUCACCAAGGUGGGCAAGGAGGAGAUGACUGUGGUCUGGGCUCCCCCUGAGAAUGACGGAGGAAAGUCCAUCACUGGCUACAUCCUGGAGAGAAAAGAGAAGAGAGCUGUCCGUUGGGUUCCGUGCACUAAGAGCCCCAUCUCAGAAAGACGUAUGAAGGUCGCUAACCUCAUCCCCAACCAUGAGUACCAGUUCAGAGUUAAGGCUGAGAAUGAGGUGGGUCUGGGAGAGCCGAGCAAACCCUGCAGACCUGUGGCAGCCAAGGAUCCUAUUGAGCCCCCUGGUCCCCCCGCUAGUCUGAAGGUGGCAGACAGCACAAAGACUUCAAUCACUUUGGGCUGGUCCAGGCCUGUCUACGAUGGUGGUGCACCUAUUAUCGGUUACAGUCUGGACAUGAGGCUGAAGAGUGAGGCAGACCCUGAGAAGCCCACCGAGGGCUGGAAGAGGAUUGACACCCAUGGUCCACUGGUUCUCACAGAGUUCACCAUUGGCCAGCUGGAUGAGAAGCAGGAGUAUGAAUUUAAGGUGUCUGCUCAGAACCAGGUGGGCUGGGGACGCCACGCCUACCUGAAGGAAGCUGUCUCUCCCAAGGAGAUCCAUGAGGCACCAGAGAUCGACCUGGACGCCAGUCUGAGGAAAGGCCUGUCCGUCAGGGCUGGCUGUCCAAUCAGACUCUUCGCUGUCAUCAGAGGAAGACCCGCCCCCAAGGUGACCUGGAAGCGUUUGGGCAUAGACAAUGUUGUCCGCAGAGGUCACGUGGACCAGGUUGACACCAUGUCCUUCCUGGUCAUCCCUGAGAGCACCAGAGAGGAUUCUGGGAAAUAUUCCCUGACACUGUCCAACUCUGCAGGAGAGAAGGCCGUGUUCGUCCGUGUCAAAGUCUUGGACACUCCUGGGCCUGUUGGAGGCCUGGAGGCCAAUGAUGUUACCAAGACAAUGGCGCAACUCUCCUGGUCUCCUCCGGAGAAUGAUGGCGGUAGCCCCAUCCUCAACUACAUUGUGGAGAAACGGGAGGUGGACAGGAAGACCUGGACAAAGUGUACUGAGGACCUGAAGAAGACUAGCUUCAAGAUCACCAACUUGACCCCUGGCAUUGAGUACUACUUCAGAGUCAUGGCUUGUAACAAAUAUGGCAUUGGAGUUCCUCAGGACUCACCCAAGUCCUACCUGGCUGUUGAUCCCAUCAGUGAGCCUGACCCUCCUAAGAAGAUGGAUGUGUUGGAAAUCACUAAGAAUAGUGCAACGUUGGGCUGGCUCAAGCCCCUCAGGGACGGAGGAGCCAAAAUCAAUGGCUAUGUGGUUGACUACCAGGAAGAAGGAGCUCCUGAGGACAAAUGGACUCCCUAUUCUGUGGUCAAAGAUCUGACCAUUGUAGUAGUCGGCUUGAAGGAGGGAACCAAAUACAAGUUCAGAGUUGCAGCCAGGAACUCCGCAGGAGUCAGCCUGGCCAGAGAGGCUGAGGGAGUGUUUGAGGUCAAGGAGCAGCUCAUGGCUCCUAAGAUCAUCAUGUCUGACAUGAUCACAGUGAGGGCUGGCUCUAAGAUGGUGGUGGAGGCCAUCGUGGCUGGUAAACCUGCUCCAUUCUGCAAGUGGAAGCAGGGUAACGAGGACGUGUUGACCUCUGACCGUCUGUCUGUCAUAAAGACGCUGACCACCUGCACUCUGAUCAUCAAGAACGUCACAAGGGCGGACAGUGGAUACUACAGCCUGUCAGCUGAAAAUAGCACAGCCAAGAUCAACCAGAUCCUCAGAGUCAUUGUCAUGGAUAUCCCUGGUCCUCCUGAGGCUCCUCUUGAGAUCACUGAGCAGGACAUCGAUGCCUGCACCCUUCUGUGGAAUUCCCCGGAGGAGGAUGGAGGCAGCAACAUCACCAAUUACAUUGUAGAGAAGUGUGACGUCAGUCAGGGCGACUGGGUGACGGUCUCCUCCUCCUGCACCAAAACCAGCUUCAGAAUGACCAAACUCACCACUGGCAAGGAGUAUGGCUUCCGUGUUCGUGCAGAGAACAGGUUUGGAAUCUCCGAGCCCAUCUACUCUGAGAAGAUGAUUGCCAGAUAUCCAUUUGACCCUCCCAGCGAACCAAGAAACUUCCAGAUUAACAAGAUCAAUAAAGACUUUGUCAUUCUGUCCUGGGAGAAACCUAGCAGCGAUGGUGGCAGUCCCAUCAACGGCUACUGCAUCGAGAGAAAGGAGAGGAAUAGUUUGCUGUGGGUCAGGGCCAAUGAAACUCUGGUCAAAGCCACCCAGUACACCUGCUCCGGUCUGAUAGAGGGCCUGGAGUACACAUUCAGAGUGUCUGCCAUCAACAUAGCUGGGCAGGGAAAACCCUGCAAACAGACGGACUUCAUUGCUGCCAGGACUGCAGUUGAUCCACCAGGCAAACCAGAGCCGAUGGAUGUGACCAAGAACUCCGUCUCACUGGUGUGGAGUCGUCCAAAGCACGAUGGAGGCAGCAAGCUGAUUGGCUACUAUGUAGAGUAUACGAAGCUGCCUGAGGAGAAGUGGACUCGCUGCAAUGCUAACUGUAUGAACAUCCAGACAGAGGACUACGUGGUGACUGGCCUAGAGGAAGGAGCACAAUACCAGUUCAGAGUCAUUGCGAAGACAGCCAUAAAUGUCAGCCUGCCUUCCGAACUCUCUGAUCCCAUCCCUGUCAUUGCUGAGAAUGUUCCUCCCAGGGUUGAUCUGGGUUUGCACAUGAAGAACCUGAUCGUGGUGAAGGCAGGAGAGAAUGUCUUCCUGGAUGCUGAGGUGUUUGGAAAGCCUCUGCCCAAGGUGACGUGGAAGAGAGAUGGCGCUCCUCUGGUCCUAGCUGAGGGCAUGAAGAUGAGUCAAAAGAAGCAUGUCCAUCUGUUGGAGCUCUACUCUGUCACCAGGAAGGAAUCUGGAGACUACACCAUCAGCGCUGAGAACAUCAACGGCACUAAGUAUGCCACCAUCAAGGUCAAAGUGCUGGACAAACCAGGUCCUCCAGCCUCAGUGAAGAUCAGUAAGGUGUUUGCUGAUCGAGUCAAACUGAGAUGGGAGCCCCCUCUGGCGGAUGGCGGCUCUGAGAUCACCAACUACAUCAUUGAAAAGAGAGAGACCAGCAGGGCCAACUGGGCCUUGGUCACAUCCAACAUCCAUGGACACUUCACUGACUGCUCUGUGGAGAGGCUCAUUGAGGGCCAUGAGUACCAGUUCAGAGUCAGUGCUGAGAACCAGUAUGGAGUUGGGGAUCCCAUUAUGACAGAUGCAGUCAUGGUCAAGAACCCAUACGAUGUUCCUGGCCCCUGUGAGCCCCCGGUCAUCACCAACAUCACUAAGGACUCCAUGACCGUCAGCUGGAAGGCUCCGGCCAACGACGGCCGUGCCACCAUUCUGGGUUACAUGGUGGAGAAACGGGAGGCUACAGAGUUGACCUGGGCCAAGGUCAACCGCAGACCGGUCAUUGACAGAACCAUCAAAGCGGUACAGCUAACUGAGGGCUCAGAGUAUGAGUUCAGAGUCAUUGCCAUCAACAAAGCUGGUCUGGGCAAACCCAGUGAUGCAUCCAAUGCUGCCUUGGCUGUGGACCCUGUCUAUCCUCCUGGCCCCCCUGCCUUCCCCAAGGUUGUUGAUUCCACUAAGAGCUCCAUUAGUCUGACCUGGACCAAACCAGCAUACGACGGUGGAUGUGAGAUCAUUGGCUACCUGGUGGAGUAUAAGAGAGCAGAGGCAGAGGACUGGACCAAGUGCAACGUUCCCAAGAAGCUCCAGGCCACAAAGUUCUUGGUAACAGGUCUCAUGGACAACACAGAGUACCAGUUCAGGGUCAUUGCCGUUAACAAGAUUGGAUACAGUGAGCCCAGCGAGGUUCCUGGAAACCACAUGCCCAAGGACAUCCUGAUUGCCCCUGAGGCCGAGUUAGAUGCUGAUCUGCGUAAGGCCUUGGUGCUGAGAGCUGGAGUAACAAUGAGACUCUACGUUCCCCUGAGAGGACGUCCUGCACCUAAGGUCACCUGGACCAAAGUGGAUGCCAACCUGAAGGAGAGACAGGGCCUUCUGAUCAAGACCUCAGAGUGGGACACCCUGCUAAUGAUUGAAGAUAUCAACAGAUAUGACGCUGGCAAAUAUGUCCUGUCUCUGGAGAAUAACAGCGGCUCUAAGAGCUACACCAUUGUUGUCAAAGUCCUCGACACCCCUGGCCCUCCGGUUAACCUAAUUGUCAAGGAGACCUCUAGAAACCAUGCCUGCAUCACUUGGGAUGCCCCUCUGAUCGAUGGUGGCAGCCCUGUUAAGAGCUACGUCGUGGAGAAACGCUUGGCCGAGAGGAAGGCCUGGACCUGCGUGUCUGCUGACUGCCCCAAGAUCUCUUUCAGAAUCCUCAAUCUUGAGGGAGGACAGGCCUACUGCUUCAGAGUGUUGGCAGAGAAUGCCUACGGCAUUGGAGAGGGCUGUGAGACUGCUGGCAGCGUUAGGGCCUCAGAACAACCUGGUCCAGUAACAGAUUUCAAACCCCAGAAGAUUACCAAGGACUCUGUGACUCUGGGCUGGAAGAAGCCCAUCUCUGAUGGUGGCAGCUACAUCUCUGCCUACAUUCUGGAGCAGAGCGAGGGAGAAGACAAGUGGAAGCAGCUGAUGAAGAGCAAGAACACCUCCCACACCAUUGGAGAGCUGACAGAGGGCAAGGAGUAUUCCUUCAGAGUCAAGGCCCUUAAUGAGUCUGGAGAAGGACCCCCCACUGAGCUUACCAUCUUGGCUAAAGAUCAAAUCGUGCUGCCUGACUGCGACUUGAGUGGCCUGCCUGACUUGUGCUAUGUGGCUAAGGAGGGCAGCACAAUGCGAAUCAACAUCCCGCUGAUCGGUGUGCCCUACCCCACCGCCACCUGGAAGAGGGGAGACGUCACCCUGGGAGACACUGGCAGGAUGUGUGUUGAGGCCUCUCACGGCAUCACCACCCUGCUAAUCAGAGACUGCCAGAGAGGAGAUGCUGAGACCUAUACAAUCAAUGUCAGGAAUAGCGCCGGCUCCAAGGACUGCAAGUUCAAGCUCAAAGUAGUUGGCAAACCAGGCAUCUGCACCGGACCAAUCAAGUUUGAUGAGAUUACUGCUGAUGGCAUCACUCUGGAGUGGGGACCUCCCAAGGAUGAUGGUGGGGCUGAGGUCUCUAACUACAUUGUUGAGAAAAGGAGGACCACAGAUAACAAGUGGGCCACGGUAGCUUCUGCUAUCCAGAAGAACACUAUGAGGGUGAUCAGGCUCCAUGAUGGAGUGGAGUACAUCUUCAGAGUGUUUGCUGAGAACAAGUACGGGGUUGGAGAGUACCUGAGGUCAGAUCCAGUCAUCGCCCAGCAUCCAUUCAAUGUGCCUGAGGCACCUGCUCCUCCAGAUAUAGUCAGCAUCCGCCAUGAGUCGGCGAUCUUGACUUGGGAUGAUCCUAAAGACACUGGUGGCUCCCCGAUUACUGGAUACCAUGUGGAGUUUAAGGAGAGGAACAGUUUGAUGUGGAAGAGGGCCAGCAAGACUCCCCUGAGGGUGAAGGAAUGUAGAGUGACGGGCCUGAUAGAAGGACUAGAGUACGAGUUCAGAGUGAUGGCCAUGAACAUGGCUGGCCUGGGAAAGGCGAGCAGGGUCACUGAAGGUGUGGUCGCCCUGGAUCCUAUUGACCCUCCUGGCAAGCCUGACGUGAUCAAUGUCACCAGGAGCAUGGUGACUCUGAUGUGGACCGCUCCCAAGUAUGACGGUGGCCACAAACUGACUGGCUACAUGCUGGAGAAGCUGGAGGCUGGAACAAAGGCUUGGAUGAAGGCCAACCAUGUCAACAUCCACAGCUGUGCCUUCACUGUCACUGACCUGACGGAGGGAGCUCAGUAUGAGUUCAGGGUCAGAGCCAAGAAUGCUGCAGGAGCCAUCAGCACCCCCUCAGAGCACACUGAGCUGCUCACCUGCAAGGACGAGUAUGAACCCCCAACUAUCACCAUCGACCCUGAGAUGAAAGAUGUAUCUGUCAGGGCAGGGGACACUAUCAUAAUCUCUGCCUCAAAGAUUGUUGGCAAGCCUCCCCCCACUGCUGUUUGGUCUAAGGCUGGCCGUGAGUUCAAAAACUCGGAUGCUGUCACCAUCACCAGCACCCCCACCUCAUCCACUCUGGCUAUCAAGUACGCCAGCAGAAAGAACACGGGAGAGUACACCAUCACUGCAAGCAACCCCUUUGGUAUCAAAGAAGACCAUGUCAGGGUGAAGGUCCUGGACAUCCCUGGACCUCCAGGCCCCAUCGAGGCCAGCAACAUUUCAGCUGAGAAGUGCACCUUGACCUGGCUUCCUCCUGAAGAGGAUGGAGGUUGCUCCAUCAAGUCUUAUGUGGUGGAAAAGAGAGAAACCAGCCGCUUGCUGUGGACCAAGCUAGCCGAGAACGUCAUGGACUGCAGACAUGUUGCCAGCAAGCUUAUCAAGGGCAAUGAGUACAUCUUUAGAGUGUCUGCUGUCAACCAGUAUGGCACUGGAGACUCAAGCCAGUCUGAUGCUGUAAAAAUGGUUGACAGUUUCCGCCCACCAGGCCCACCCUCAAUCCCAGAGAUUGAUAAUGUCACCAGAAAUGCUGUCACCAUUUCAUGGAAGAGACCUGCUGUGGAUGGAGGAAGUGACAUCAGAGGAUAUUGUGUAGAGAGAAAAGAGAGGAGGGGAAUGAGAUGGGUGAGGGCUUGUAAGAGAACAGUCCCUGACCUGCGUUUCAAGGUGCAAGGCCUGAGCGAGGGAGUAGAGUAUGAGUUCAGAGUAACUGCUGAGAACAAGGCUGGCUUUGGGGAACCCAGUGAGCCUUCUCAACCUGUCAUGACCAAAGAUAUUGUAUAUCCUCCUGGUCCUCCAUCCAAUCCUAGAAUUGCAGACACUACUAGGACAACAGCCACCUUCAACUGGGGGCGCCCACACUACGAUGGAGGCCUUAAUGUUGAUGGAUACAUUGUUGAAUAUAAGAAAGAUGGGCACGAUGAUUGGGAGACGGAGACACAGACUCCAAUCAGAGUCACUGAAUACGUCAUUGGCAAUCUGCAGAAGGGAGGAAAGUACUACUUUAGAGUCAGAGCUGUAAACUCUGAGGGAGUUGGUGAGCCUGCUGAGGUUGAAAAAGUGACUGAUCUGGUCGACCGGGAGACUCUACCAGACUUCGAGCUGGAUGCUGAGCUGAGGAGGACAUUGGUUGUCAGAUGUCGUGCCUCCAUCCGUAUGUUUGUUCCCAUCAAGGGCCGCCCUGUGCCUGAAGUGACCUGGAGCAAGGAUGACACGAACCUGAAGACCCGUGCUCAUAUCGACACCACAGAGUCCUACACCUUGUUGGUCAUCCCUGACUGCACCAGAUAUGAUGCUGGCAAAUACAACUUGUGUCUUGAGAAUGUUGCAGGAAAAAAACAAGGCUUUGUCAAUGUUAAAGUUUUAGACACGCCAGGACCACCAGUCAACCUCAAACCCAGAGAGAUCACCAAGAACAGCAUCACCUUACAGUGGGAAAUCCCCAUCAUUGAUGGUGGAUCCAAGAUUCACAACUACAUCAUUGAGAAGCGAGAGGCAACUAAGAAGGCCUACACAGUGCUUAGCACCACAUGGCAGAAAUGCUCCUUUAAGAUCCCCAACCUGGAUGAGGGUGCUCACUACUACUUCCGUGUCUCUGCUGAGAAUGACCUUGGUGUGGGUGAACCUGCUGAAACCCCUGAGCCAAUCAGAGUCUCUCAGGCUCCCUCUGCCCCUGAAAACUUGUAUGUUACAGAUGUGACAUCUGACAGUGCCAGCCUAGCUUGGACCAAGCCCCUUCAUGACGGUGGCAGUUUGAUUACAGGAUAUGUCAUUGAGGCCCAGAAGAAGGAUACAGAGCAGUGGGUCCAUAUGGCCACCAUCAAGGCACUGGACUACAUUGUCACAGAUCUGACUGAGAACGCAGAGUAUACCUUCCGCAUCAUGGCAGUAAAUGCAUCAGGUAGGAGUGACCCACGUGAGAGCAGACCCGCUAUAAUUAAAGAACAGACUGCUGCCCCAUCCUUUGACCUGCGCGGAGUCUACCAGAAGACAGUCAUUGCCAAGGCCAGGGACAGAGUCAAGGUGGAGAUCCCAGUGUUUGGCAAACCCAGACCUGUGGUUUCCUGGAAGAAGGGAGACACAUUACUGAAGGAGACACAAAGAAUCAACGUUGAAACCACACCUUUCUCCACCAUCCUGAACAUCAAUGAAAUCAAGAGAGCCGAUGGAGGCCAAUAUUCCAUGACCGGAAAGAACAUCCUGGGCACAGUUACUGAGACCAUCACAGUCCUGGUCCAUGACAUUCCAGGGCCUCCCACAGGGCCAAUCAAGCUGGAAGAGGUGUCAUGUGACUAUGUGCUUAUGUCCUGGGAGGCGCCAGAGAAUGACGGUGGUGUUCCCAUAAACAACUACAUUGUCGAGAUGAAGGAGACCACUGGCACUUCCUGGGUGGAAUUGGCAGCUACAGUUAUCCGUACCACGUUCAAGGCAGCUCGCCUUAACACUGGAACUCAGUACCAGUUCCGUGUCAAGGCCCAGAACAGAUAUGGCAUUGGUCCCUGUAUUGUCUCUGAUCCUGUGGUGGCUGCUUAUCCUUUUGAUGUGCCAGGACAGCCAGGCUCACCUGUUGUCACAUCCUUCAACAAGGACGCUAUGACUCUGAGCUGGAAUGAGCCAUCCUCAGAUGGAGGCAGCCCCAUCCUUGGCUACCAUGUGGAGAGAAAGGAAAGGAACAGCAUUCUGUGGCAAAAGAUCAGCAAGGCUCUGGUUGUUGGAAAUAUCUUCAAAUCAACAGGUUUGGUUGAUGGAAUUGCAUAUGAACACCGCGUCAUUGCUGAAAACAUGGCUGGCCUAAGCAAAGCCAGCAAGCCGUCUGAGCCUAUGUAUGCACUAGACCCCGUGGAUGCCCCUGGCAGGCCUGUGGCCCUAAAUAUCACCAGACAUGAGGUGACUGUUUCAUGGACCAAACCAGAGGGAGAUGGUGGAUUCUCCAUCACUGGAUAUACAGUGGAGCGGAGAGAGCUGCCUAAUGGACGCUGGCUAAAGGCCAACUUCAACAACAUUCUGGAGACGAUCUACACAGUCAGUGGACUGAUUGAGGAUGCAACCUAUGAGUUUCGUGUGUUUGCUAGAAACUCCGCUGGUGCUGUCAGCGCUCCAUCUCAGCCAUCAGAGGAGAUCACAUGCAGAGAUGAUAUAGAAGAGCCCAAGCUUGAUGUUGAUGCUUCCUACAGCAGCACUGUUGUUGUCAUGGCAGGAGAGGUAUUCAAACUAGAAGCAAAUGUGACUGGUAGACCAAUACCAUCUUUGGUAUGGACCAAGGAAGGAAAGGAACUUGAGGAUACAGCCAAACUGGAGAUCAAGUCGUCGGACUUUCACACAACACUGGUAAAUAAAGAUUCCCUGAGGAGGGAUGGUGGGGCCUUCACUUUGACAGCGAGCAACCCUGGUGGCUUUGCUAAAUUCACAUUCAAUGUCAAAGUGCUUGACAGACCUGGACCACCAGAUUCUCUGACUGUUUCUGAUAUCACUGCUGAGAAGUGUGUCCUUAACUGGCUGCAUCCCUCUCAUGAUGGUGGUGCAAAGAUUGAGUACUUCAUCAUCCAGAGGCGUGAGACCAGCAGGCUUGCAUGGACCAAUGUGGCUACAGACCUUCAGGCCAAUAGAUUCAAGGUCACCAAGCUUCUGAAGGGCAAUGAAUACAUCUUUAGAGUCAUGGCUGUCAACAAGUAUGGUGUGGGUGAACCUGUCCAGUCUGAAGCUAUCAUCUGUGCCAAUCCCUAUGUCCCCACAGACCAACCACAGCAACCUGAGGUUACCACCAUUACCAAAGACUCCAUGGUUGUCUGCUGGGACCGCCCUGAGCACGAUGGAGGCAGCAGCAUCAACACCUACAUAAUUGAAAGGAGAGACAAGACUGGCCUGCGCUGGGUGAAAUGCAACAAGAGGACAGUGACUGACCUGAGAUUCAAGGUCUCUGGCCUCACACCAGGACAUGAGUAUGAGUUCAGAGUUCUUGCUGAGAAUAAUGCAGGGUUGAGCCAGCCCAGUCUUUCCAGUCCAUUCUACAAAGCCAUGGACACCAUCUUCCAACCUGGACCCCCUGGUAACCCUAGAGUACUGGACACAACCAAGUCUUCCAUCACUGUUGCCUGGAACAAGCCUGUCUAUGAUGGUGGCUCUGAAAUCACCGGCUACAUUGUGGAGACAUGCUUGCCGGAGGAGGAUGAGUGGACCAUUCACACCCCCAAGAAGGGAUGGACAGCCACAUCUUUCACUAUUACCAACUUAAAGGAAAACCAGGAGUAUAAAAUCAAUAUCUGUGCCACUAAUUGUGAAGGAGUCGGAGAGCCUGCUGCUGUGCCUGGAACUCCCAAGGCCGAGGACAGGCUUCUUCCUCCAGAGAUUGACCUGGGAGCAGAGUUGCGUAAGGUGGUCUGCAUAAGAGCCUGCAGUACACUUAGACUGUUUGUCCCCAUCAAGGGCAGACCAGCACCUGAGGUCAAAUGGUCAAGAGAGCAUGGAGAAUCUCUGGACAAAGCCAUCAUUGAAGUCACCUCAUCUUUCACCACUCUUCAAGUAGAAAAUGUGGACAGGUUCGAUGGAGGUAAAUAUAUGGUGACCGUGGAAAAUGCCUCAGGAAGUAAGACAGCCUUUGUCAAUGUCAGGGUGCUGGAUACUCCUGGAGCACCUCAGAAUCUGAUAAUCAAAGAGGUCACCAGAGAUUCAGUCUCCCUUAUGUGGGAUGCACCCCUCAUUGAUGGCGGCUCCAGAGUCCGUAGCUACAUAGUGGAAAAGCGUGAGUCAACUAGAAAGGCCUACUCAACAGUUUGUGCCAGCUGCCACAAGUCAAGCUGGAAGGUUGGUGAUCUGGAGGAAGGAAAAUUAUAUUUUUUCAGAAUCCUGGCUGAGAACGAGUUUGGCAUUGGCCUGCCAGUGGAGACUGUUGAACCAAUCAAGGUGUCAGAGAAACCUCUGCCACCAGGCAAAGUGUCUCUGGGUGAUGUCACAAGCACCAGCGUCACUCUGUCCUGGGAGAAGCCUGACCAUGAUGGUGGCAGCAGAAUCACAGGCUACAUUGUUGAGAUGCAGGGUAAAGGUAGUGAGAAGUGGACCCAGGUCAUGGUGGUUAAGACCAAUGAGGCUGUUGUCUCUGGCCUGACACAUGGAGAGGAGUACAUGUUUAGGAUCUCAGCCGCCAAUGAGAAGGGAGUCAGCGACCCUCGUCCCCUCAGCAUGCCUGUAGUGGCUAAAGACCUGGUCAUCUCUCCUACCUUCAAGCUGCUCUUCAAUACAUUCAGCGUGCUGGCAGGAGAUGAUCUGAAGGUAGAAGUUCCAUAUGCUGCUUGUCCAAAAGCCACAGUGACUUGGCUCAAAGAUGGCAUUGUCCUGAAGGAGACAACUAGAGUCAAUGCUGAAACUUCUGACAGAAACCUUCUUCUGGUCAUCAAAGAGGCCUGCAGAGAUGAUGUGGGAACAUACACCAUCAAGCUGACCAACACUGCUGGAGAGGCAACCACAGACAUUAGUGUGGUUGUUCUGGAUAAGCCUGGUCCUCCAACAGGCCCCAUAAAGCUGGAUGAAGUUACUGCUGACAGUGUGGUUCUGUCCUGGAACCCACCAGAGUAUGAUGGUGGCUGCGCAAUCAACAAUUACAUUGUUGAGAAGAGAGACACAUCAACCACCAACUGGCAGAUUGUGUCUGCUACAGUGGCCAGAACCACUAUCAAAGCAGCUCGUCUUAAGACUGGGUCCGAGUACCAAUUCAGAAUUGCAGCUGAGAACCGAUAUGGCAAGUCAUCUGUCUUGCUGUCUGAGCCCAUUGUUGCUCAGUAUCCAUUUGAGGUACCCAGCCAACCACGUUCUCUGGUGGUCCAGUCCGCCAACAAGGAGUCCAUGGUGAUUGUAUGGGAUAAGCCCAGCAAUGAUGGUGGAAGUAAGAUUCUAGGCUAUCAUCUGGAACUCAAAGAAAGAAACAGUAUCCUGUGGGUGAAACAAAAUAAACAACUCAUCCCAGAAACCAGGUUCAAGGCGGUUGGCCUUGAGGAGGGUAUUGAAUAUGAGUACAGAGUUUACGCUGAGAACAUUGUUGGCAUCAGUAAAGCUAGCAAGCUGACAGAGAUGCAGGUGGCUAGGGAUCCAUGUGAUAGCCCAGGAAAACCAGAGGCUGUUAUUGUCACCAGAAACCAGGUGACACUCAGAUGGACCAAGCCUGAGUAUGAUGGUGGCAGCAAGGUCACAGGCUAUGUAGUGGAGAAGAAAGAGGGAGCUGAUGGGCGCUGGAUGAAAGCUAGCUUCACCAAUAUCAUUGAGACUCAAUUUGUCGUCACUGGACUGACUGAGGACCAGAUCUAUGAGUUCCGUAUCAUUGCCAAGAAUGCAGCUGGUGUCUGCAGCAAGCCAUCAGAGAGCACUGGAGCUAUUACAGCUAAGGAUGAGGUGGAGCCACCUAAGAUUGAUCUAGAGCCCAAGUACUCACAGACAGUGGUGGUGAAUGCUGGAGAGACAUUCAAUCUGGAAGCUGGUAUCUUUGGUAAGCCAGUGCCUUCAGUCCAAUGGCUGAAAGGCAACCAGGAGAUUGCUGAAGCAGCUCGCCUUGAGAUAAAGAACACUGACUUCACAGCCUAUCUGGUUGUCAAGGAGGCCAUACGUGUGGAUGGAGGCCAGUACACUCUGCUGGUAAAGAAUGUUGGAGGAGAGAAAUCUGUUCAAAUAAAUGUUAAGGUCCUAGAUAGACCAGGCCCACCUGAGGGCCCUAUUUCCAUCUAUGGAGUCACCAAUGAGAAAUGCUCUAUUGCAUGGAAAUCACCACUGCAGGAUGGAGGCAGUGAAGUUUCUCAUUACAUUGUGGAGAGGAGAGAGACUAGCCGACUGGUCUGGACUGUGGUUGACCCCAAGGUACAGACCUUGAACCUAAAGAUAACCAAACUACUACAAGGAAAUGAGUACAUCUUUAGAGUGAUCCCAGUCAACAAAUAUGGAGUUGGUGAGCCAUUGGAAUCUGAGCCAAUGAUUGCUACUAAUCCAUUUGUCCCCCCUGACCCACCAACAGAGGUGGAAGUGUCCACAAUCACCAAAGACUCCAUGGUGGUGACCUGGGAGAGACCAACUAAUGAUGGUGGCAACCCUAUCCAAGGGUACAUUGUGGAGAAACGUGAUAAGGAGGGUGUGAGAUGGACUAGGUGCAACAAGCGCACUGUGAGUGAAUUGCGCUUCCGGGUCACAGGCCUCCUAGAAAACCGAAGUUAUGAAUUUAGAGUGUCUGCUGAGAAUUCUGCUGGCAUUGGCAAACCUAGCCCCCCAACAGUGUACUACAAAGCCCUGGAUCCCAUCUUUAAGCCAGGCCCACCAAACUACCCCAAGGUGGUUGACACAUCCAGAUCCACUGUUUCACUGACAUGGGGCAAGCCCAUCUAUGAUGGUGGCUGUGAGAUUCAAGCCUACAUAGUUGAGGCCCGCAACGGAGCAGCUGAUGAAUGGUUCAUGUGCACCCCCCCCACUGGAAUUACAGAGACUAAAUUUACAGUGACCAAGCUACUGGAGAAGCACGAGUACCAAUUCAGAGUGUAUGCCAUCAACAAGAUUGGUGUUGGUGAGCAUGCUGAUGUUCCUGGAAAGAUACUUCUAGCGGAGAAGCUUGAGGCUCCCGACCUUGAACUGGAUGCUGAUAUGAGAAAGAUGAUCAAUAUCAGAGCAGCCGGCACUCUCAGGUUGUUUGUUCCUGUGAGGGGACGCCCUGCUCCUGAAGUGAAGUGGGGCAAAGCUGAGGGAGAGAUUAAGGAGACAGCCCAGAUUGACAAUACAGGCAGCUAUGCUUCACUCGUCAUUGAGAAUGUGGACAGAUUUGACAGUGGCAAGUACACUCUGACAGCAGAAAAUGCCAGUGGAGUGAAGUCAGUCUUCAUCAGCGUUAGAGUUUUGGACACACCCAGUCCACCAGCUAACUUCAUUGUGAAAGAAAUCACCAAGAACUCUGUUACUCUGACAUGGGAGCCUCCACUCCUGGAUGGUGGCUCUAAGAUCAAGCACUACAUUGUUGAGAAGCGUGAGAGCACCAGGAAAGUCUACUCGCAUGUUACUACCUGCAACAGGAUGUCAUGGAAGAUUGAACCUCUUCCAGAGGGUGGAAUCUUGUUCUUCAGAGUCCUGGCUGAGAAUGAAUAUGGUGUGGGUCUCCCUGCCAAAACCACAGAGCCAGUGAAGAUCUCUGAGAAGCCUCAGCCACCAGGUAAAGUCAGUGUGGUUGACGUCACACGUAAAAGUGUAACCCUGAGCUGGGAGAAGCCUGAACAUGAUGGUGGCAGCAGGAUCAGUCACUAUGAUGUGGAAUUGGCACCUAAGGACAGUGACGUUUGGUCUGUUUGUGCUAGUGUGAAGGCAUUGGAGACUGUGGUAACUAACCUACACAAAGGAGAAGAGUACCAGUUUAGAGUAGUUGCUGUCAAUGACAAGGGCAAGAGUGACCCCAGACAGCUUGCACAAUCAGUUGUAGCCAAGGACCUUGUUAUUUUGCCUGAUGUGAGGCCUAAGAUGAGCACCUAUAGUGUCCAGGUGGGACAUGACCUGAAGGUGGAGGUCCCCAUUGCUGGUCAUCCCAAGCCAACCAUCACUUGGACAAAGGAUGGAGGUGCCCUUAAGCAAACCACUAGAGUCAAUGUCAGUGACACAACACACCACACCACCCUUACCAUCAAGGAUGCCACCAGAGAAGAUGGAGGUAUGUACAGCAUUAACAUCGCUAAUGCCCUUGGAUCCAAGGAUGCCACUAUAGAGGUGAUCACCCUGGAUAAGCCCGGCCCACCUAAAGGCCCUGUUAAAUUGGAGGACAUCAGUGCUGAGAGUAUCACUCUCAGCUGGGAGCCUCCCACAUACACAGGUGGCUGCCAGAUCUCCAACUACGUGGUGGAGAAGAGAGAUACAACCACAACUAACUGGGUGGUGGUGUCUGCCACUGUUGCCAGAACCACACUUAAAGUCGCCAACCUGAAGACAGGUGCUGAGUACCAGUUCAGAAUCUAUGCAGAGAACAGAUAUGGAAAGAGCUAUGCCAUUGAUUCAGAGCUUGUCCUGGCCCAGUAUCCAUUCCAAGAGCCUGGUCCAGCUGGAACACCAUUUGUGUCUUCCUACACAAAAGACUACAUGGUAGUUGAAUGGCAUAAACCCCCAUCUGAUGGAGGCAGUGCUAUCCUUGGCUACCAUUUGGAAAGGAAGGAGAAGAACAGCAUCCUUUGGACCAAAAUCAACAAAACUCUCAUCCAGGACUGCAGGUUCAAAUCUACUCCUCUGGAGGAGGGCAUUGAGUAUGAAUACCGAGUCUAUGCUGAGAAUAUUGUAGGCAUCGGCAAAUGCAGCAAAGUGUCUGAAGGUUGUGUAGCUCGGGAUCCCUGUGAUCCUCCUGGGCGCCCUGAGGCUAUCAUUGUGACUAGACAUUCAGUGAAGCUGAGGUGGACCCCUCCAGAGUAUGAUGGCGGAAGCCUGGUUACCGGCUAUGUAGUGGAGAAACGUGAUCUCCCUGAGGGAAGAUGGAUGAAGGCUAGCUUUACAAAUGUCAUUGAACAUGAAUUCACAGUUGUCGGUCUGACUGAGGACUGUAAAUAUGAUUUCAGAGUGAUUGCCAAGAAUGCAGCUGGAGCUGUCAGUAAGCCCUCUGAGAGCACAGGAUCCAUCACAGCCAAGGAUGAAGUAGACCCACCUAAGUGUGAAACAGAUGCUAUAUACAACCAAACAAUUGUUAUCAAUGCUGGAGAGACAUUCAGUCUUGAAGCCAGUGUGGAAGGAAAGCCCAUCCCCACAGCUCAGUGGUUCAAGGGAGAUGUUGAGGUGGAGAACUCAGCCAGAGCUGAGAUCAAAAACACAGACUUUAAGGCCUUACUCGUGGUUAAGGAUGCCAUCAGAGUGGAUGGUGGACAGUACAUUCUGGUUCUGACUAAUGUGGCUGGAACCAAGACUGUUCCCUUUAGUGUGAAGGUACUGGACAGACCAGGCCCCUCACAGGGACCACUCACUGUCAGCAAUGUAACUGAGGAGAAGUGCUCUUUGUCAUGGCUGCCCCCAAGGCACGAUGGUGGAGCGAGCAUAUCUCACUACAUCAUUCAGAAGAGAGAAACCAGCCGUUUGGCAUGGACUGUGGUUUCCAGUGAUUGUGGCGCUACCAUGUUCAAGGUCACCAAGCUGUUGAAAGGUAACGAGUAUAUCUUCAGAGUCAUGGCUGUCAACAAGUAUGAUGUAGGCGAGCCCCUAGAGUCAGCACCAGUAGUCAUGAGGAAUCCAUUUGUUCCUCCUGGUCCCCCUCAGGAGCUGGAGAUCACCAACAUUACCAGAGACUCGAUGACAGUCUGCUGGACCCGCCCUGAGACAACUGGUGGCAGUGAGAUUGUUGGCUAUAUUGUGGAGAAGAGAGACAGAGCUGGUGUGAGGUGGACCAAAUGUAACAAACGUAGAGUCACAGAUUUGCGCUUCAGAGUAACAGGGCUGACUGAGGACCAUGAGUAUGAAUUCAGGCUGUCUGCUGAGAAUGCAGCUGGAGUGGGUCAGCCUAGCCCACCUACCCCCUACCUCAAAGCCUGUGACCCCACAUUCGAGCCUGGUUGUCCGACCAAUGCACACGUGGUUGACACUACUAAGGACUCCAUCAGUCUGGCUUGGCACAGGCCCAUUUAUGAUGGUGGCUGUGAAAUCCAAGGCUAUGCUGUGGAGAUAAGCAAGGCCGAUGAGGAAGAAUGGUCCAUAUGCACCCCGCCCUCUGGAGUCAAUACCACCAAGUUCACUAUCAAGAAACUGAUUGAGCACCAGGAAUACAAGGUGCGUAUCUGUGCCAUCAACAAGGUGGGUGUGGGUGAGCCCACAGAGAUCGAGGGAGUGGUGACACCUGUAGAUAAAAUGAAUCCUCCAGAGAUGACUCUGGACUCCGAUCUCAGGAAGGGAGCUGUUGUUCGUGCAGGAGGUUCAAUGAGGAUCUACAUCCCAUUCAAGGGCCGUCCCACCCCUGAGAUUAGCUGGGCUAAAGAGGAUGGAGACCUGCCUGGAAAAGUCCAGAUAGAGAAUGGUGAAGAUUACACACAGCUCUCUGUUGACAUCUGUGACAGAAAUGAUGCUGGCAAAUACAUCCUCACACUGGAGAAUAGUGCUGGCACCAAGUCUGCCUUUGUAUCUGUAAAAGUUCUGGACACGCCAGGAGCCCCUCUAAAUCUCAUGGUAAAGGACAUUAAGAAGGAUUGCGUCACUCUGACCUGGGAGCCACCUCUUAUCGACGGUGGUGCCAGAAUCAAGAACUACCUGGUUGACAAGCGUGAAUCCACUAGGAAGGCUUACUCGAAUGUGGAUAACAAGUGCACCAAGACAAGCUACCGCAUCACUGGCCUAACUGAGGGAGCGCUCUACUUCUUCAGAGUAUUGGCUGAGAAUGAGUUUGGUGUGGGCGUACCAGCUGAGACAGAAGACUCAAUUAAGACAUCCGAGCCCCCUCUGCCUGUGGGAAAAGUCACCCUGACUGAAGUGACUAAGACCAGUGUCUCUCUCUCCUGGGAGAAGCCUGACCAUGAUGGAGGCAGCAGAAUAAUGGGCUACUACAUUGAGAUGCUGCCUCAGGGCUCAGAGGAGUGGGUGGUAGCCACCACAACUAAGACAUGUGAGGGUACCGUCACAGGUCUCAGCACAGGGCAAGAGUACCAGUUUAGAGUCUCAGCCUUCAAUGACAAGGGCAAGAGUGACCCCAGGUCUCUGGCUGCACCAGUCACUGCUAAGGAUGUGACUAUUGAGCCAGGGUUCAAGAUGACAAGCAAUACAUACAGUGUGCAGCAUGGUGAAGAUCUGAAGAUUGAGAUUCCAGUCAUCGGACGUCCUGUACCUAAGGUUGAAUGGAAGAAGGACGGACAGGCUAUUAAGGAAACAACCAGACUAAAUGUGUCAAGCACUGCAUUAUCUACCACAUUGUAUAUUAAGGAUGCAAACAGGGAGGACUCGGGUAAAUAUUCUGUGACUGCUACCAGCAGUGCUGGAACAGCUACAGAGGACAUCACUGUUGUUAUCCUGGAUAAGCCUGGCCCACCCACUGGUCCUCUGAAGAUUGAGGAAGUAAGUUCUAACUAUGUCACUAUAUCAUGGGAGCCUCCAGAGUACAGUGGCGGCUGCCAGAUCAACAACUACAUAGUAGAAAAGAGGGACACUACCACUACAGCAUGGCAGAUUGUUUCUGCUACUAUUGCUCGAACAACUAUCAAAGUCACCAAUCUGAAGACUGGAGUUGAAUACCAGUUCAGAGUGUCUGCUGAGAACAGAUAUGGAAAGAGCCCAGCUAUUGUUUCUCCUGCUGUUAUUUCACAGUAUCCAUUCAGUGAGCCUGCAGCCCCAGGCACACCAUUUAUUUCAGCUGUUAGCAAGGAUAGCCUGGUGGUUGAAUGGAAUCCUCCCACCAACAAUGGGGGAAGUCCCAUCCUAGGCUAUCAUCUAGAGAGGAAGGAGAAGAACAGCCUGCUAUGGACUAAACUCAACAAGCUUCUUAUCCCAGAUAGCCGAUACAAGACCACUGAGCUGGAGGAAGGCAUUGAGUAUGAAUUCAGAGUUUAUGCUGAGAAUAUAGCAGGAGUCAGCCCUGCAAGCAAGAUCUCUGAGAGUACAGUAGCCAGGGACCCGUGUGACCCACCAGGCACACCUGAGGCUAUUGUCAUCACAAGAAACCACAUAACACUCCAGUGGACCGUACCCCAGUACAAUGGAGGAAGUGCCAUCACUGGCUAUGUGGUGGAAAGGAGGAAGCAUCCAGAUACCCGCUGGAUGAAGGCUAGCUUCACCAACAUAAUUGAGACCCAAUUCACCAUCACAGGCCUGACAGAAGACUGUGUCUAUGAGUUUAGAAUCAUUGCAAAGAAUGCAGCUGGCAUCUUCAGUGCUCCCUCUCAGAGCACAGGAGAAAUCACUGCCAAGGAUGAGAUUGAGGCCCCAUCAGCCACCAUGGAUCCUAAAUUGAAAGACCUGACAGUUGUUCAUGCAGACGAGACAUUCGUCAUUGAUGCUGACUACUUUGGUAAGCCGUUGCCUGAUGUUAUGUGGCUGAAAGAUGGAAAGGAGAUUGACAAGACCACACCUAGAAUGGAGGUCAAGACCACACUCACACGCACCAUCCUGACAGUAAAGGACUGCAUCAGAGUGGACGGAGGCCACUUUGUGCUCAAGCUCAGUAAUGUUGGUGGAGUCAAGAUGAUCCCAGUCAAUGUCAAAGUUCUGGAUAGACCUGGUCCUCCUGAUGGCCCUCUGGAGGUCAAGGGAGUCACAGCCGAGAAGUGCUACCUGCACUGGAGCCACCCCUCACACGACGGUGGAGCCAGUAUCUCCCACUACAUCAUUGAGAAGAGGGAGACCAGCCGCUUGUCAUGGACCAUGGUUGAGCCCAAGAUCCAGGCUGUCAGCUACAAAAUCACCAAGUUGUUGCCUGGCAAUGAGUACAUCUUCAGAGUCACUGCUGUCAACAAAUAUGGAGUUGGUGAACCUUUAGAGUCUGAGCCUGUUAUUGCUCGAAACCCCUUCACUACUCCCAGUGCCCCAUCUACCCCUGAGGCCAGUGCUAUCACUAGGGACUCUAUGGUGCUUACCUGGGAGAGGCCUGAAGACAAUGGAGGAGCAGAGAUUGAAGGAUAUAUCCUGGAGAAACGUGACAAAGAUGGCAUCAGAUGGACAAAGUGCAACAAGAAGAGGCUGAGUGAUCUGAGAUUUAGGUGCACUGGUCUCACUCAGGGACACUCCUAUGAGUUCAGAAUCUCAGCUGAAAAUGCUGCUGGUGUGGGCAAGCCCAGUGCACCCACUGUGUAUAUUAAAGCCUGUGAUGCUACAUACCCACCAGGACCUCCUAACAAUGUCAAAGUAACAGACCACUCUAGCAGUACUGUCUCUCUUUCCUGGACCAGACCUAUCUAUGAUGGUGGAGAUCCAAUCAGGGGAUAUGUUGUGGAAAUGAAGGAUGCAGGAGAUGAAGAGUGGUAUGUCUGCACUCCACCCACUGGUGUCCAAACCACCCAUUUCAUGGUCAAGAAACUCAAGGAGAAUGCGGAGUACAAUUUCCGAAUCAGUGCUAUUAACAUAGAGGGAGUGGGAGAGCCCAUGGACCUGCCUGGGUCUGUAAUUGCUGCUGAGAAGGUGGAAGCCCCUGAAAUUGAACUGGAUGCUGAUCUGAGAAAAAUGGUUAACAUCCGUGCCAGCUCCACUCUGCGUUUGUUUGUUACCAUCAAAGGAAAGCCUGAGCCAGAGGUGAAAUGGUCCAAGGCUGAUGGAACCCUGACAGAGCGUGCCCAGAUUGAAGUCACCAGUUCCUACACAAUGCUGGUAAUUGACAACGUUGACAGAUUUGACACUGGGAAAUAUGUGCUUACCCUGGAGAACCUCAGCGGUUCCAAAUCAGCCUUCAUCAAUGUCAGAGUUCUGGACUCCCCCAGUUCUCCGACCAACCUGGAGGUGAAGGAUGUGAAAAGACAGUCUGUUUCUCUUUCCUGGGAGCCUCCUCUCAUUGAUGGUGGAGCCAAGAUUUCACAUUACAUAGUAGAGAAGAGAGAACAGAAGAGAAUGGCAUUCACUAGUGUCUGCACAAACUGUGUCAGAAACUCAUAUAUUAUUUCUGACCUGCAGGAAGGAGGCCUGUACUAUUUCCGUGUGUUAGCCGUGAAUGAGCUUGGUGUAGGUCUCCCUGCCUCCACAGAGGCUGUGAAGGUGUCUGAGGCUCCUCUGCCACCUGGUAAAAUAACCCUAGUUGAUGUGACUCGUCACAGCGUCAGCCUGUCCUGGGAAAAACCUGACCAUGAUGGCGGCAGCAAGAUCACAAACUACAUUGUAGAAAUGCAGCCUAAGGGAGAUGACAAAUGGACUGUGUUUAGUGAAGUCAAAGCACUGGAGGCUACUAUUGAUGGACUAACAUCUGGAGAGGAAUACUCUUUCAGGGUAAUUGCAGUGAAUGACAAAGGCAAGAGUGACGCCAAGCCAUUGGCUAACCCUGUGGUUGUGAAGGACAUCACCCUUGAGCCAACCUUCAACCUACUUUUCAACACAUUCAGUGUAAAGGCAGGAGAUGACCUAAAGAUUGAUGUUCCCUUCAGAGGAAGACCUCAGCCAGAAGUGUCCUGGAGGAAGGAUGGCCAGGUGCUGAAACAGACCACCAGGGUCAAUGUUGUCACUUCCAAGACCUCAUCCAAGAUCAUCAUCAAGGAUGCCACUAAGGAGGACAUAGGAAAGUAUGAAAUUGCUCUGACUAACUCAGUAGGUACUAAAACAGCUGAAAUUUCUGUCAUUAUACUCGACAAACCUGGUCCACCCAGCAAUAUAAAGGUGGAUGAGGUAAGUGCUGACUUCAUCUCUCUGUCCUGGGAUCCCCCAACCUAUGAUGGUGGAUGCCAGAUUAACAACUAUGUUGUGGAAAAGAGAGACACUACCUCAACCACAUGGCAGAUUGUCUCAGCCACAGUUGCCAGGACAUCAAUCAAGGUGUGCCGUCUAAACCAGGGCACCGAGUACCAAUUCCGUAUUGCAGCUGAGAACCGCUAUGGCAAAAGCCAUGCCAUUGACUCUGCCCCCAUUGUUGCUCAAUAUCCCUUCGAGCCUCCUGGCCCUCCCACUAACCUUCACGUGGCCCAUGCCACCAAGUCUGGGAUGCUGGUCGUAUGGGGCGGACCUGCUAGCGAUGGUGGAAGUCCUAUCAUUGGAUAUCAUGUUGAAUGUAAAGACCAGAGCAGUAUUCUGUGGACCAAGGUCAACAGAGGUCUGCUGGCUGAAAACCAGUUUAAGAUGACUGGCAUUGAAGAAGGCCUGCUUUAUCAGUUCAGAGUCUAUGCUGAGAAUAUUGCUGGUAUUGGCCAGUGCACAAAGGCAAGCGAACCUGUGGCAGCCAGGGAUCCAUGUGAUUCUCCACGCAACCUCCAAGUUACCAACAUCACCAGGAACUCUGUCUCCCUCUUCUGGGAGGGGCCAGAGUAUGACGGUGGUGCUAAGAUCACAGGCUACAUUGUUGAACGUAGAGAGCUGCCUGAUGGCCGCUGGCUGAAAUGUAACUUCGCCAACCUGCAGGACACUUACUUUGAUGUCACAGGCCUCAUAGAGGAUGUACAGUAUGAUUUCCAUGUCAUUGCCAAGAAUGCUGCUGAGGUGCUCAGUGCUCCUUCUGAAGGCACUGGACCUGUCACUGUCAAGGAUGAUGUGGAUCCUCCUACUAUUAUCCUGGAUGAUAAGCUCAGACAGCUUGUUGUGAUCAAGGCAGGAGAGACCAUUACAAUUGAUGCUGACAUCACUGGUCGUCCUCUCCCUGUUGUCUCCUGGUCUAAGGAUGCAAAGGAGAUUGAGGCUAAAGCCAGAUGUGAGAUCACAUCCACUAACUUCAAAACCGCCCUUACUGUUAGAGAUGCCAUCAGGAGAGACUCUGGCCAAUAUGUACUGACCCUGCAGAAUGUUGCAGGAACCAGGUCUGUGGCUGUCAACUGUAAAGUUCUCGACAGGCCUGGACCUUCUUCUGGACCUCUGGCUGUGUCUGGCCUCACUGCAGAGAAAUGCACCCUGACUUGGGGACCUCCCCAGGAGAAUGGUGGUGCAGAGAUAAUGCACUACAUUGUGGAGAAACGAGAGACCAGCCGCCUAGCCUGGACUUUGGUAUAUGGAGACAUGAAAGCCACUACUUGCAAAGUGACCAAGCUGCUCAAAGGAAAUGAGUACAUCUUCAGAGUCAGAGGAGUUAAUAAGUAUGGUGAUGGAGAGGCCCUGGAGAGUGAGCCUACCAAAGCCAUGGAUCCAUUCACCGUCCCUGCUGCACCUACUAAUGUCCAGGUUACCGCAGUUACCAGUGAAGCUAUGACCAUCUGCUGGGAGAGACCAGUCUCUGAUGGUGGCAGUAGCAUCUCAAGCUACGUCAUUGAGAAGAGAGAGAAGACCGGCUUACGCUGGUGCCGUGUCAACAAGAAACCUGUUUACGAUUUGAGAGUCAAAGCCUCUCACCUCCGCGAGGGCUGUGAGUAUGAGUACAGAGUGUUUGCAGAGAACACUGCUGGCCUUAGUGCUCCUAGUAUUCCCUGCCCUCUCACCAAGGCCGAGGACCCCCAGUUCCUGCCUUCUCCUCCUGCUAAACCAAAGAUUAUUGAUUCUACAAAGACCACAGUCACCCUGUCUUGGAACAAACCACUGUUUGAUGGUGGAGCCCCUGUUACUGGCUACAGAGUGGAAUACAGGAAGACUUUAGAUGAUGAGUGGCUUGUUGGUGUCCAGAACACCAAGAACACGGAGUUCACAGUCGUGGGAUUGACUCCUGGAGCUGAGUAUGUAUUCGUUGUCAAGUCAAUCAACAAGAUAGGAGUCAGCGAGCCAAGCUCUGAGUCUGACAAACAGGUGGCCAAGGAGAGAGAGGAGGAGCCAAUGUUUGACAUCAGCAACGAGAUGAGGAAGACUCUUAUUGUAAAGGAUGGUAGCUCCUUCACCAUGACCGUUCCCUUCAAAGGAAAACCUGUCCCCAGUGUAACUUGGUCCAAGGCCGAUGUGGACCUGAGAGUUCGUGCUGUUAUUGAUACCACAGACACCUUCACCUCCAUCACGUUGGAGAAAGCCACUCGCAAUGACUCUGGCAAGUACACCAUCACCCUAUCCAGUAUGGCUGGAACCUCCUCCCUGACUCUCAAUGUCAGAGUCCUGGACUCUCCUGGACCUCCUGGCCACGUGGAAGUCAAAGAAGUGACUAAGACCUCUGCUACCGUGACCUGGGACACUCCUGAGAAUGAGGGAGGUGGACCAGUCAAGAACUACCUGGUGGAUAUCCGUGAGGCCAGCAAGAAGGGUUGGACUAGGCUGACUGACACCUGCCACAGGCUGACCUACAAGGUGACAGACCUGCAGGAGGGAGAGGUCUUUUAUUUCAGAGUGACAGGAGAGAACGAGUAUGGUGUUGGUGUUCCUGCUGAAACCAAGGAGGGAACCAAGAUCACAGAGAAACCAAGCCCACCACCCAAGCUGGGUGUGACUGAUGUGACCAAGGAGAGUGUUUCCCUGGCCUGGGCUAAACCAGAACAGGAUGGAGGCAGCAGAAUCACCAGCUACCUCGUGGAGGCACUGGAGAAGGGUCAGGAGAAAUGGGUCAAGUGUGGUGUCACCAAGUUCAUACAUUUCACUGUAUCUGGCCUGAGGGAGAAUGUUGAGUACUUCUUCAGAGUCAGAGCUGAGAACCACGCUGGUUUUAGUGACGUCAAGGAGAUGGUCACCCCUGUGGUGGUCAAAGACCAGUUCGAAUCUCCUGAGAUCAACAUGAAGGACUUCCCUCACAACACUGUAUAUGUCAGAGCAGGCUCAAACCUUAAAUGUGAGAUUCCUCUGACAGGCCGACCCCUGCCCAAGGUCUCUCUGUCCAAGGAUAACGUUUUGCUUAAAUCCACCAUGAGGUUCAAUGCUGAGGUCACCCCUGACAGCAUUAAGAUCACCCUGCGGGAGAGCAUUGCUGGGGACUCUGGACGCUAUGACAUCACAGCCUCCAACUCCAGCGGAACCACCAAGUCAUUUGUGAACAUUGUGGUUCUGGAUCGGCCCAGUGCUCCCCUGGGACCUGUGGAGCUGUCUGAAGUCACAGAGGACAGUGUAUGCCUAAAGUGGCUUCCACCAGCAUACGAUGGUGGCAGCCCCAUUACCAACUACAUCAUACUGAAGAGAGAGACCACCACAGCCAACUGGGUGGAGGUGUCCUCUGCUGUGGCUCGCUGCACCAUGAAGAUCAUGAAGCUGACUACAGGACUGGAAUACCAGUUCAGAAUUAGAGCUGAGAACAGAUAUGGAAUCAGUGAACAUAUCGACUCACUGCCUGUCACCGUUAGCCUGCCUUACACCAUUGCUGAUGCUCCAUCAGCUCCAGAGAUUACUGCUGUCACCAGAGAGAGCAUCACAGUGGCCUGGAAGGAGCCCAAGUCAGACGGAGGCAGCCACGUGUUUGGCUACCACCUCCAGAUGAAGGACAGAAACAGCAUCCUAUGGCAGAAGGUCAACAAGACUGUGAUCCGUGCCACACAUUUCAAGGUCACCAACAUCAAUCCAGGACUCAUCUAUGAAUUUAAGGUGGCAGCUGAGAAUGCUGCUGGAGUUGGCACUGUCAGCAAGAUCUCUGAUGCCGUGCUGGCUAUUGAUGCAUGCGAGCCUCCCAUUAAUGUUCGUAUCAGCGACAUUACCAAGAACUCCAUCAGCUUGGUCUGGCAGAAACCUAACUAUGAUGGCGGCUCUAAGAUCACUGGCUACAUCAUCGAGAAGAAGGAGAGCGUGAGCGGCAGGUGGAGCAAAGCCAACCUCACCAAUGUCACUGACACCCGCUUCACAGUGACCAGCCUUAUCCAGGAUGAGAGCUAUGAGUUUAGAGUCAUGGCUAAGAAUGCUGUGGGCUCCAUCAGUAACCCUUCUAUGAUUGCUGGACCUGCCACAUGUGUGGACACCUAUGGUGCUCCAGAGAUUGAGAUGCCUCAGGAGUAUCUUAACGAGGUGAAGCACAAAGCUGGCUCUGCUGUGGAGCUCAAGUUCAGCAUUAAAGCCAAGCCCGCCCCAACCAUUGAGUGGAUGAAGGAUGGUAAAGAGCUGGAGCCCAGCGCCCAGCUCUCCUUUAAGCACACAUUUGAAUCCACUAGUCUGUUCCUGAAGGACACUACCCGCCUCAAUUCUGGGACCUAUGAGGUCAAGGUCAAGAACUCUCUGGGAUCAGCAUUCGCCUCUGUCAGACUGCUCAUUCUUGACAAACCCGGUCCUCCAGCUGGUGAGAUCCAAUUCAAGAAGGUGACAGCUGACAACAUCACAAUAAUGUGGGCUCCGCCUACUGAUGAGGGUGGUGCCAUGGUCAGCCACUACAUAGUAGAGAAGAGGGAGACCAGCAGGAUUAUGUGGUCAAUCAUCUCUGAGAAGCUGGUGGACUGUAUUGUUAAUGUCCCCAGGCUCAUCCAGGGUAACGAAUACAUAUUUAGAGUCAGAGGAGUCAACAAGUAUGGUGUGGGGGAUCCCCUAGAGUCCGAACCCGCCACUGCAAAGAAUGCUUUUGUUCCUCCUAGUGAACCAUCCAAACCCAAGGUCACAAUGAUUACCAAGUCCAAUAUGACGGUGAUCUGGGAGAGGCCUGCGCUGGAUGGAGGAAGUGACAUUGAUGGUUACUACCUGGAGAAGAGAGAGAAGAAGAGUCUACAGUGGUUUAAGGUGGUGAAAGGUACCAUCAGAGAUACCAGGCAGAAGGUCACCAGCCUGGUGGAGAAUAAUGAGUACCAGUACAGAGUGUGUGCUGUCAACAAGGCCGGAGCAGGAAACUACUCUGAGGCUUCUGAUCUCUACAAGGCAUACGAUCCUAUAGACCUUCCUGGGGAGCCUUCCAAACUAAGAGUGGUGGACUCCACUAAGAGCUCCAUCACCUUGGGCUGGGAGAAGCCUGUGUAUGAUGGUGGCAGUGAAAUCACCCACUAUGAGGUGGAGCAGAUGAACACGGAGGAGAGAGAGUGGGUGACCAUUAGCUCCAAGGGAGAAGUCAGGACCUGCGAGUAUGUGGUGUCCCACCUCAAACCUGGAAUGUAUUACUUCUUCAGAGUCUCUGCUGUCAACUGCAAGGGCAAGGGAGAAGACAUUAAGAUGUACCAGCCUAUCCAAGCCAAGGAUAUCCUGGAGGAAGCUGAUCUGGACCUGGACAUUCCCAUGACGACCCAGUACACAGCUAAAGCUGGCCGUGAUGUCGAGGUGUUUAUCCCCAUAAAGGGACGUCCUGCUCCCAAUGUCACCUGGCGACGUGGUGACCGCAAUAUGGCUGCUGACAAUCGCUACACCAUUAAUAGCACAGAGUGUGCCACCACCCUCAUCAUCCCCAAGGUCACCCGAGAUGAUUGUGGCAAGUACCUGCUGGAGAUUGAGAAUGGUGUGGGAGAGCCCAAGAUCAUCACUGUCUCCCUGAAGGUUCUGGAUAGUCCAUCCACUUGCCAGAAACUCAUUAUCAAAAAUGUCACCCGAGGAAAGCUGACCCUGAGUUGGGAGGCUCCUCUGAUUGAUGGUGGUUCCCCUGUCACAAAUUACAUUGUAGAGAAGAAGGCCUCCACCAUGAAGGCCUACCAGGUUAUCACUGCAGAAUGCGCCAACACCUCCUACAAGGUCUUUGGUCUGGAGGAGGAUGUGGCUUACUUCUUCCGUGUGUCUGCUGAGAAUGAGCAUGGUGUGGGUGACACUUGUGAGACCACUGAGCCUGUUAGAGCCACAGAGACCCCCGGAGCUGUGAAAGACCUAGUCAUGUUGGAUUCCACCAAGAACUCUGUGACCCUACAGUGGACCAGGCCUGAUCAUGAUGGUGGCAGCCACAUCAGCGACUACAUCAUCGAGAAGAGAACUCAGGAAGACCCCACAUGGAGUGUGGGUGCAACCUGCAAGCGCUGCACCUGUGAGGUGACAGGACUGAAGGAGAAUGCAGUCAUGGACUUCAGGGUGUUUGCCAAGAAUGAGAAGGGCACCAGCGACUUCUCUCAGAUCGGACCAAUCACUGUCAAGGACUUGAUUAUCCCUCCCGAGGCCAACCUCAUAGACUACCCCAACAGAGAGCUGGCUGUUCGUAUUGGUCAGAACAUUCACAUAGAGCUACCCUUCAAGGGAAAACCAAGACCUGCUAUCAGCUGGUUGAAAGACAACUUGCCUCUGAAGGAGAGUGAAAAAAUCCGCUUCAGGACCACUGACAACAAGACGUCUGUGACAGUCAGAGGAGCAAAGAAGGAGCAUGCUGGCCAAUACACACUGGUUCUGGACAACAGAGUAGUAAAGAACUACUUUGACAUUAAUGUAAUCACCCUAGGACCCCCCUCUAUGCCUAUUGGUCCUAUCCGCUUUGAUGAGAUCAAAGCCCAAAGCAUCAUCAUCUCCUGGGAUGAACCAAAGGAAGAUGGAGGAGGUGAGAUUACCUGCUACAGUGUAGAGAAGCGUGAGACCUCCCAGGCUAACUGGAAGAUGGUCUGCUCCAGUGUGGUUAGGACAACCUUCAAGAUCCCCAACCUGGUGAAGGGAACUGAGUACCAGUUCAAAGUGCGUGCUGAGAACAAAUACGGAGUCAGUGAACCCCUCAACUCCUCUGAUGUCAUUGCUCAGCACCAGUAUAAACCACCAGGCCCUCCAGGUAAGCCUGUGGCCUACAACAUCACCAGUGAUGGCAUGACCAUCCAGUGGGAGGCCCCUAGCUUUGAUGGAGGCUCUCCUAUCCUGGGCUAUCAUGUGGAGAAGAAGGACAGGAACAGUCUUCUUUGGCAGAAGGUGAACUCCACCAUCAUAUCCAACAGAGACUACCGAAUCAUUGGUCUGAUUGAGGGUCUGGAGUAUUCCUUCAGAGUCUAUGCAGAGAACAACGCUGGUCUCAGCCUUGUUAGUGAGCAGAGCAAGCAUGCCCUUGCCAUCUCCCCUGUUGAUCCACCUGGCACUCCCAACUGUAUCGAUGUGACCAGAGACUCAGUCACCCUGAAGUGGGAUGUCCCUAAGAGAGAUGGAGGCAGUAAGAUUGUGGCUUACAGCGUGGAGAGGAGGCAGGGCAGAGGAAAAUGGCUGCGCUGCAACUUCACUGACAUCAGUGAGACGCAGUUCACUGUGACUGGUCUGUCUGCCGGCGACCGCUUUGAAUUCAGGGUGAUUGCCAGAAAUGCUGUGGGCACCAUCAGCCCACCUUCCAACUCCUCUGGAUACAUCAUGACCAAGGAUGAGAGCAUCGCUCCUGAGAUUGAGUGGACUAAAGACCAAGCCCUGACCCUGAGGGCUGGAGAGAACGUCAAGCUCAGCUGUAGUAUAAUGGGCCGGCCUGUUCCCCAGGUGGUCUGGUACAAAGAUGGCAAAGAGAUUGACAAGAGGACCAUGAUUGACAUAGAAAUCACCACCAACAUCGGUGUCAGCAACCUGUUCAUCCGUGACGCUGACAGGAACCACCGUGGAAUCUACACCGUGGAGGCCAAGAACAGCUCAGGUGCCAACACGGCUGAUGUCAACGUCAGAGUACAAGACACCCCUGGACCUGUAGAGGGCCCCAUCAGAUUCACUGGCAUCACCGCUGAGAAAUGCACUGUGUGGUGGAAUCCUCCGGAGAAUGACGGCUGUGCUGCUAUCACUCAUUAUGUGGUGGAAAAGAGGGAGACUUCUAGGAUCUCCUGGGCCAUGGUCACCUCCAAGUGUGAGGCCUGCUCCUUCAAUGCCACCAACCUCAUCAAGGGCAACGAGUACCAGUUCAGAAUCUCUGCUGUAAACAAGUUUGGUGUGGGCAAGCCUUUGGACUCUGAUCCCAUCACUGCUCAGAUGCAAUACACUGUGCCCGAGUCCCCCGGCACCCCAGAUGCCACCCAUGUGACUGGAGACAGCAUCACUCUGUGCUGGACCAGGCCCAGGUCCGAUGGAGGAAAUGAGAUCAAACACUACAUCCUGGAAAGAAGGGAGAAGAAGAGUCUACGCUGGGUGAAGGUGUCCUCCAAGAGGACCAUCACAGAACUGAGGCACAGGGUCACCAACCUCACUGAGGGGAAUGAGUACGAAUUCCGCGUCAUGGCUGAGAACGGAGCUGGUGUCGGCCCGGCCAGCAGCACCUCCCGGCUGUUUAAAUGCAGAGAGCCAACCAGUACUCCCAGCGCUCCCACUGUGGUUAAGGUGGUUGAUUCUACCAAGUCCUCUGUCACACUGGAAUGGACUAAGCCAGUGUUUGAUGGUGGAAUGGAAAUCAUUGGCUACAACAUUGACGUGUGUAAAGCCAGUCUGGAGGAGUGGCACAGAGUCAACAACCAGAUCUGCAUUCACACCAGGUACACCGCCAAGGGCCUGGUGGCUGGGGAACUCUACAAGUUCAGAGUGAGUGCUGUGAAUGGAUCUGGACAGGGAGAGUCCUCAGUCAUUCCCAAUCCUGUCCAGGCUCUGGACAGACUGACUUCCCCUGAGAUCGACAUUGACGCCAGCUUCAAACAGACACACAUCAUCAAGAACAGUGGCACUGUCACGCUCCAUAUUGCUUUCCGUGGUAAACCAGUACCUCUAGCCACCUGGUCUAAGGUGGAUGGUGAGCUUCCUGUCAUGGCCGAUAUCAAUACAACAGACUCUUUCUCUACCCUGACCAUUGAAGGCUGUACGAGAUAUGAGGCUGGCAAAUACACCCUGUCCCUGGAGAACAACAGUGGACGUAAGUCUAUCACUUUCACCGUCAAAGUGCUGGAUACUCCUGGACCACCUGGAGACAUCAGCUUUAAAGAUGUGACCCGUGGAGCUCUGACUAUGAUGUGGGAUGCCCCGACAAAUGACGGCGGAGCUCGCAUCCACCACUACAUUGUGGAGAAGCGUGAGGCCAGCCGCCUGGCCUGGCAGGAGGUCAGCUCCAAGGUUUCUCGCCAGAUGAUCAGGGUGACUGGUUUGGAUAUCGGUGCGCCGUAUCUGUUUAGAAUCAUUGCUGUUAACCAGUAUGGCAAGGGAGAGCCUCAUGAGAUGACUGAGCCCAUUGUGGCAACAGAAGAACCUGCACCACCCAAGAGACUAGAUAUAGUGGACACCACCAACUCCACAGCCUCCCUGGUGUGGCUGAAGCCUGAGCAUGAUGGAGGUAGCCGCAUCAGAGGCUAUAUAGUAGAAUGCAGAGCCAAGGGAACUGACCGCUGGACUGUGAGUGGAGAGACCAAGUCCCUGAAGAUGCUUGUGGAGGGUCUGACUGAGAACACAGAGUAUGACUUUAGAGUCAAGGCUAAGAACGACGCUGGAAUCAGUGAGCCUCAGGGAACCUUUGGCUCUGUGCUGAUCAAGGAGCCUCGCAUUGAGCCCACGGCUGACCUCAGCAGCAUCACCAACCAGCUCAUCACCUGCAAGUCCUCCAAUACCUUCACCAUUGACAUCCCUAUCAGUGGCAGGCCUGCUCCCAAAGUCACCUGGAAGCUGGAGGAGAUGAAACUGAAGGAGACAGACAGAGUCUUCAUUAAGACCACUAAGGAGAGAACCACACUAGUAGUGAAAGACAGCAAGAGAGGAGACAGCGGAAAGUAUUACCUGACCCUGGAGAAUGUUGCUGGAGUGAAGACAUUCACAGUAACUGUGGUGGUGGUUGGCAGACCCAGCCCUCCUUCAGGGCCCGUGGCAAUCUCUGGAGUCUCUUCUGAAUCCUGCACCCUGUCCUGGUCUGAGCCUGCUGAUGACGGUGGCACCGAUAUCACUAACUACAUUGUGGAAAAACGAGAAUCUGGCUCCGCCUCAUGGCAGGUAGUCAACUCCAGCGUUAAGAGGACCACCAUUAAGGUGACCCACCUGACCAAGUACAUGGAAUAUACCUUCAGAGUGUGUGCUGAGAACAAGUUUGGAGUCAGCAAGUCCAUUGAGUCGGCUGCUGUUGUCAUUGAACAUCCGUUUGUUCCACCCAGCCCUCCUACUCGUCCAGAUGUAGUGUCUGUAUCAGCGAACGCCAUCAACAUCAAGUGGGACCUGCCAUACGCUGAUGGUGGCAGCGCGGUCACGGGCUACUGGAUAGAGAAAAAGGAGAGGAACACUAUCCUGUGGGUGAGGGAGAACAAGCUGCCGUGCCCCGAGUGCCACUACAAGGUGUCCAAUCUAAUUGAGGGUCUGGAAUACCAGUUCAGGGUCUACGCUAUGAAUAUUGCAGGUCUAAGCAAGGCCAGUGAGGCCUCCAGACCUGUGGUGGCACUCAACCCUGUUGAUCCUCCCGGUAAGCCAGAGGUGACAGACAUCACCCGUUCCUCUGUGUCUGUGGCCUGGUCUGUGCCCUUCAACGAUGGAGGCAGUAAGAUCGUGGGCUACAUUGUGGAGAAGAAGAUCUACAGCACAGACGAGUGGGACGACAACCGCUGGCUCAAGUGCAACUACACCACUAUCACUGAGACCAGCUUUACUGUGACCAACAUGGGAGAGGGAGAGACUUACGAGUAUCGUGUCAUUGCCAAGAAUGCCGCUGGAGUCCACAGCGCACCCUCUGAGUCCACCGGGCCUAUCACAUGCAAAGAUGAAUACUCACCCCCCAAAGCAGAGCUGGACAGAACACUUGUGGGGGAGACAGUCACUAUCAGGGCUGGGUCAGACCUGGUGCUGGACGGUGCCGUGGGAGGUAAACCAGAGCCCAAAGUCUUCUGGUCCAAGGGAGAGAAGAUUCUGGAGCUGGGAGAGAAAUACUCUCUGACAUAUACCUCCACACGAGCCAUGGCCAUCAUUAAGAACUGUGACAGAUACGACACGGGCAGAUACAUCCUAACUGUGAAGAACGCCAGUGGAACUAAGACUGCAGGUGUUAAUGUUAAAGUACUGGACACUCCUGGAGCUCCAGCUGAUAAGAUAGUGAUUAGCAGAGUGACAGAGGAGAAGUGUACAGUCUCCUGGAAGAUCCCCCUGGAGGACGGAGGAGACCUCAUCACCCACUAUAUUGUGGAGCGGCGGGAGACCAGCCGCCUCAACUGGGUUGUGAUGGAGACCGAGUGCAAGACACUGUCAUGUGUCAGCAGCAGACUGAUUAAGAACAACGAGUACAUCUUCAGAGUUAGAGGAGUCAACAAGUAUGGACCUGGAGUCCCUCUGGAGUCCGAACCUGUCAUUGCUAGGAACGCCUACACCAUCACAUCUCAGCCAGGCACACCAGAGGUUACGGCUGUGGGUAAGGAACAUGUCAUCAUUGAAUGGAUGAAGCCUGAAAGUGACGGAGGUAGUGAGAUCAAAACCUAUCUGGUGGACAAACGUGAGAAGAGCGGCACCAGGUGGACUAGAGUGAACAAGAACUACACCAUCUAUGAUACCCGUCUGAAGAUCACAGGACUGUUGGAGGGCAGUGAUUACCAGUUCAGAGUGAUAGCUGUCAACGCUGCUGGAAACAGUCAGCCCAGCGAUGCCUCGCCCUACAUCCUCUGCAAGGACCCCACAUAUACCCCAGCUCCUCCAUCAGUGCCUCACAUCACAGACACCACCAAGCACAGCAUCCGCAUGACAUGGACCAGGCCCAUGUAUGAUGGAGGCUCAGAUGUUUCUGGAUAUGUGGUGGAAAUCCUGGAGGAAGGCUCUGAGCAGUGGUACCGUGCCACCGCCAAGGCCCUGAAGACCAAUGAAUAUGUGGCUGCUGGCCUGACGGCCAAUAAGAAAUACAGCUUCAGAGUGGCUGCUAUCAACAGUAAUGGCACUGGAGAGUUUAGUGAGCCCAGUGUACCCACCGAGCCCAUGGAGAGAAUCGACAUACCUGACCUGGAGCUGGCUGAUGACCUGAAGAAGACAUUGUGUCUGCGUGCCGGUGGAUCCCUCAGGCUGUUUGUCACUGUGACCGGCAGGCCUACCCCGGUGGUGUCCUGGAGGAAGACGGGUGUAGAACUGCAGAGACGCGGCUUCAUUGAAACCACAGACAGCUACACCUGUCUGGUGGUGGAGAAGGUUGACCGCUAUGACUCUGGGAAAUACGUUGUAGAGGCUGAGAAUCCAUCUGGCAAAAAGACUGCUACCAUACUGGUUAAAGUCUAUGACACUCCUGGCCCUCCAGGUGCUGUCAAGGUGAAGGACUACACCAAGGAGUCUGUUGUUAUCACCUGGGACGUUCCCAGCAUGGAUGGUGGGGCACAUGUCAGCAACUAUAUUGUGGAGAAACGUGAGGCCAGCUUGAAAUCCUACAAGACCGUCACCACAGAGUGCAGGAAGACUCUUUUCAGAAUUACUGGUCUGGAGGAGGGAGUUCACUACUUCUUCAGAGUUCUGCCAGAGAACAUCUACGGUAUUGGCGAGCCCUGCGAGACUGCCGAGGCUGUGCUGGUGUGUGACGUACCAUCUGUACCUCUUAACCUACAGAUUGUUGAUGUCACUAAGUCCACAGUCGUCGUACGCUGGGAGAAACCACUGCAUGAUGGCGGCAGCAGGCUGACAGGCUACAUCAUUGAGGCCUGCAAGGUGGGAUCAGACCGGUGGAGCACCAUUGCUACCUUAAAGGCCUCUUCAUCCCAGCACACUAUCCAGUCCCUAACAGAGAAUGACCAGUAUCUGUUCAGAAUCAGAGCUACCAACAUUAGAGGAGCCAGUGAGCCCAUGGACACUGUAACUCCUGUCACCAUCCAGGAGAUCAAAGUUAUGCCAAAGAUUGACAUGACCAGCAUUCCUCAGAAGAUAGUCCAUGUGCACCGUGGCAAACCCAUCGACCUCAACAUUCCCAUCAUGGGCCGUCCUCAACCCGUCUGCUCUUGGUUCUUCGGAGGCAUCAAAAUGAAGGACAGCCUCGACCUCAUCAAGAUUGAGAGUACCAGCAAGUACACUCGCCUCAUCGUCCGGGAAACCACCAUCAACAACACCGGGGACUACACCCUGGAGGUUAAGAAUGAUACUGGAACGGCCACAGAGGUCAUCAAAGUCAUCAUCCUGGACAAACCCGGUCUCCCAGUGGGACCAGUGAGGAUCGAGGAGGUGGAUGGGGUGUCAGUAACAGUCAGCUGGGAUCCUCCAGAAAAAGAUGGCGGAGCCAAUAUUGGUGGCUAUGUGGUUGAGCAGCGUGAGGCCCACAGGCCCGGCUGGACCACCAUCUCAGAGUCUGUCACCAGACCCUGCUAUAAGUUCACCAGACUAAAUGAGGAAACGGAAUAUGUCUUCCGUGUUGCUGCCAUGAACCGCUUCGGUGUGGGUGGCUUCCUGCAGUCAGAGGUGGUGGAAUGCAAGAGUGCUAAGACAAUCCCUGGAGCUCCCAGCAGGCCAGAGGUGCUUGAUGUCACUCACGAGGGCAUGACCCUGACUUGGCACCCUCCAGAGGACAAUGGUGGCUCAACUAUUUCAGGUUACAUCAUUGAGCGUAAGGAGGCGAAUUCAGACAGGUGGCUGAGGAUCAACAAAAACCCUGUCACCAUGACGAGAUACAGAUCCUCAGGAUUGAUCGAGGGCCUGGAGUAUGAAUACAGAAUCACUGCCAUCAAUUCGAGAGGAGCUGGCAAACCUAGCGAGAGGUCUCCCAUCACCGUGGCAAUGGAUCCCAUUGAGCCCCCAGGUGCUCCAGUUAAGCCCAGAGUCACCGACAGCACCAGAACUUCUGUUUCUCUGGCCUGGCUGCCUCCUGAAGAAGAGGGUGGCUCCGUGGUCAGUGGCUACCUGAUUGAAAUGCAAAAGGUGGACCAGGUGGAAUGGACCAAGUGUAACACUACUCCUACCAAAAUCUGCGAGUACACCCUAACCCACAUGCCUCAAGGAGCAGAGUACAAGUUCAGGGUCAUGGCCUGCAACGCUGGUGGACCUGGAGAACCUGCUGAGGUUCCUGGUGUGGUUAAAGUCCAGGAGAUGCUUGACUAUCCCGACUAUGAGCUUGACCGUAAAUACGAAGAAGGCUAUGUGGUAAGGCAGGGAGGUGUCAUCCGCCUGUCUUUACCCAUCAAGGGUAAACCCAUACCCACAUGUAAGUGGACCAAGGAUGGCAGGGAUAUCUCCCACAGGGCCAUGAUCGCCACACAUGAUGACAUCACAGAGUUGGUCAUCAAGGAAGCUCACAAAGAUGACACUGGCACUUACGACCUGCUGCUGGAGAACAAAUGUGGCAAGAAGGCCGUCUACAUUAAGGUGAAGGUGAUUGGCCAUCCAGAUGCUCCAGAAGGCCCUCUGGAGUUUGACGACAUCCAAGCUCAUUCAGUCAGAGUCAGCUGGAGGCCUCCCUCAGAUGACGGGGGCUCAGACAUCCUGGGAUACAUUGUGGAGAGACGCGAGGUACCUAAGGCUGCCUGGUGCACUGUGGAUUCCAGGGUAACAGAGACUUCUCUGGUGGUGAAGGGAUUGAAGGAGAACGUGGAGUACCACUUCAGGAUCUUUGCUGAGAACCAGUUUGGUGUCAGCAGAUCUCUGAAGUCUGAUGAGUCAGUCACACCCAAGACUCCUCUGUGCCCACCAGAGCCUCCUAGCAACCCACCAGAGAUCAUGGAUGUCACCAAGACAACUGUAUCUCUGUCCUGGGCCCGGCCCAGGGACGACGGAGGGUCCAGAGUCACUGGCUAUUAUGUGGAGAGGAGAGAGGUUUCCACAGAGAAGUGGGUCCGCCACAACAAGACCCACAUCACCACCACCAUGUACAACAUCACUGGUCUUAUCCCAGAUGCUGAGUACAUGUUCAGAGUAGUAGCUCAGAAUGACAUCGGCCAGAGUGAACCUGGACCUGUAUCAGACCCUGUGCUCUGCAAAGAUCCAUUCGACAAACCCAGCCAGCCAGGAGAGAUUGACAUCGUCUCUGUGACUAAGGACUGCAUCACAAUCCACUGGCUCAGACCAGAGUGUGACGGUGGAAAGGAGAUCCUAGGUUACUGGAUAGAGUUCAGACAGGCCGGAGAAAGCGCCUGGAAAAAAUGUAACAAGGAUCGCUCCAAGGACCGGCAGUUCACCAUGGGCGGCCUGAUGGAAGCUACUGAGUAUGAGUUUAGAGUGUUCGCUGAGAAUGAGACAGGACUCAGCCGGCCUCGCAGGACCCCCAUGGGGAUCAAGACUAAGCUAAGCGUCGGUGAGGCACCAGCUCUAAAAGAAGAGGUCCAGGAUGUCACAACUAAGCUUGGAGAGUCUGGCACGCUAACCUGUGGCAUCAUUGGCAGACCACUGCCUGAGAUCAAAUGGUACCGUUAUGGCAAGGAGCUGAUCCAGAGCCGCAAGUAUAAGAUGAGCUCAGACGGCCGCAAUCAUUCCCUCAGCAUUCUGACAGAUGAACAGGAAGACGAGGGCCUAUACACCUGCAGAGCCAUCAAUGAGGCUGGAGAGAUAGAGACCAGCGGUAAACUCCGCCUCCAGGCUGCUCCUCAGUUCCACCCAGGAUUCCCUCUGAAGGAGAAAUACUACGCUGGCUCUGGAACCAGCCUAAGGCUUCACGUUGUUUACAUUGGACGGCCCAUCCCCCAGAUCAUGUGGUUCUAUGGCAAGAAGCCUCUCAACCCAUCAGAGAAUGUGAUUAUUGAGAACACAGAGAGUUACACUCACCUGGUGGUGAGAAAUGUACAGAGGAAGACCAAUGCUGGGCGCUACAAGGUACAGCUCAGUAAUGUCUAUGGAACCAUUGACACUGUGCUGCGUGUUGAAAUCCAAGACAAGCCAUGCAUCCCUGAGGGACCCAUCGUUGUUGAUGCCUUGCUCAAGAGCUCAGUGAUCAUCAGCUGGAAGGCUCCAAAGGAUGACGGAGGCUCCAUGAUCACCAACUACAUUGUGGAAAAGCGUGAGGCCAAAGAGGGGGAGCAAUGGCACCUGGUAUCCUCCUCUGUGUCUGGUACCAACUGCCGCAUCCCCAACCUGAUAGAGAACGCUGGUUACUACUUCAGAGUUUCUGCUCAGAACCAAUAUGGAGUCAGCGAGCCUCUGGAGAUCCCUUCUGUCCUCAUCAUCAAGAGUGCAUACGAGAAACCUGGCAUUCCUCAGCAGCCCUUCAUAACCAGCUCUACCAACGACUCCUGUGUUGUCUGCUGGAAGCCUCCAAGCAGCGAUGGUGGCGCCAAAAUCAGCAACUAUUACCUGGAGAAACGGGAGAAGAAACAGAACAAAUGGAUGUCAGUGACCACCAAGAAGAUCCAGGAGACCACCUACGAAGUGAAGUCCCUGAUCGAGGGCUUCGAGUAUGAGUUCCGCAUCAAGUGUGAGAAUAUUGGUGGAGAGAGUGACUGGAGUGAAAUCUCUGCGCCCAUCAUUCCCAAGUCAGAGCAGUCACCUCGUGCGCCCAUAUUCAGGGAGGAGAUCAGGGACAUGAACGUCAAAUACCACGCCAACGCCACCUUUGUCACCAAGGUGGUGGGACACCCCAAACCUGUGGUGAAAUGGUACCGUAGUGGAAAAGAGAUCCUGGCUGAUGGAACCAAGAUAAAGGCUCAGGAGUUCAAGGGAGGCUACUACCAGCUGGUCAUCACUGCUGCUGAUGAAAACGAUGCUACAGUCUACCAAGUCAGAGCAACCAACUCUGAGGGAUCCAUCUCCACUACAGUUAAACUGGAGGUGGAAGUUCCUGCAAAGAUCCACUUACCCAAAGAGCUUCAAGGCAUGGGUGCAGUCCACGCUGUCUGUGGUGACAUCAUCACCAUUAAAAUCCCCAUCACUGGCAAGCCUGAACCAGCCAUCACCUGGCAGAAGGGUCAGGAGAUCCUCUCCAACUCCCCUUAUCACCAGGUCAUCACCACCAGGUCCUUCACCUCCUUGGUCUUCCAGAAAGGAGUCCAGAGUAAGGAUACUGGCUAUUACAGCAUCACAGCUAAGAACAGGUUUGGAAUGGACAAGCAGACCAUUGAGGUGGCUGUGGCUGAUGUACCUGAGGCUCCUAAGGGAAUCAAAGUCAGUGAUAUCAGCCGGGACUCCAUCACUCUGACUUGGGAGCCUCCCGCUAAUGAUGGUGGAAGCCCCAUCAUCAGUUACAUCGUGGAGAAGUGUCCCACUACUGCUGACCGAUGGAUCCGAGCUGGCCAGACCAACAACUGCAGCUUCACUAUUAUCAAUGUUUUUGGAAAGACCAAGUACCAGUUCCGUGUCAUUGCGGAGAACCAGUUUGGACUGAGUGCUCCUUCUGGUCCUACAGAGCCUCUCACCACUAAGGAGGAUACAUCUGUGAUCAGAAACUAUGAUGAGGAAGUGGAUGAGACCAGAGAGAUUACCAAGGAGGAGGCUCCAUUCUAUAAGGUGAAGGAGCUAACUUCUAAAUACGUCAUCUCUGAGGAACUGGCUCGUUGCCAGUUUGGAGUGGUCCAUCGCUGUGUGGAGAUUGCAACCAAGAAGACCUUCAUGGCCAAGUUCAUCAAGGUCAAAGGAACUGACCGGGAACUUGUCCUCAGGGAGAUUGAGGCCCUCAACCUGGCCAGACACAAGAAUAUCAUCUACCUUCAUGAGUACUUUGAGAGUAUGGAAGAGAUUGUCCUGAUAUUUGAGUUUAUUUCUGGCGUUGAUAUUUUUGAACGCCUUGGCACUGGAAACUUUGAGCUCACUGAACAGGAGAUUGUCAUCUACCUGAGACAAGUCUGCUCUGUGCUUAAGUUCAUGCAUAGCCACAACUUUGGCCACUUUGAUAUUCGUCCUGACAACAUUGUCUACACCACAAGGAGAAGCAAUGUCUUGAAGAUCAUUGAGAUGGGCCAAGCCAGGCUGCUGGUGCCAGGAGAAAACAUCAGACUGAUGUUCUCAGCUCCAGAGUACUGUGCCCCUGAGGUCCAUCGCCAUGACUUGGUCACCAUAGCAACUGACAUGUGGUCUGUUGGUGUGAUGGCCUAUGUCUUGCUCAGCGGUCUCAAUCCUUUUGCUGCAGAGUCCACAACUAAGAUGAUUGAGAACAUAUCCAACUGCGAGUAUGUAUUUGAAAGUGAGGCUUUCAAAGACAUCAGCUUGGAGGCUAUGGACUUUGUGGACAGACUUCUGACCAAGGACAGAAAGCUACGUAUGACAGCCCACGAAGCUCUAGAGCACCCAUGGCUGAAGAUGAAGAUUGAGAACAUCAGCAACAAGAUCAUCAAAACACUGAGACACAGAAGGUACUACCAGACGCUAGUGAAGAGGACUGACACAAUUGUAUCAGCAGCUCGUGUGGCCUAUGGCGGGGCCUUUAAGAACCAGAGAGGACUGGCCAUAGGCAAAGUGAAGAUCGGAACCGAGUAUCAUGGUCUGCGUGCUGGUCCAGUCAUGCAUGGAUUUGCUGAGGAGGGUGGACAUGUUCGCUUCACUUGCACCAUUUCCAGCUAUGACAUGAGCACACAAGUUUCAUGGUUCUUUGGCAAUCGGCAGUUACAUCCAAGCCCCAAGUAUGAGAUCACCUACAGUAAUGGUUUUGCCAGCAUCUAUGUGAAGGACAUUGAAGACAGUGAUGAUGGUGUGUAUAGAUGCAAGGUGGUGAGUGAUGAUGGAGAGGAUAGUGCCUAUGCAGAGCUCUUUGUGGAGACAGUGAGGAGCAUUAGGGAGCACUAUAUAAGCCGCACUGCAAAGAAAAUGAGGAGGAAGGUUGACAAGUUUAAGCUGAUGCAGAGGCCACCAGAGUUUACUCUACCUCUCUACAAUCGCAGCGCCUAUAUCGGAGAGGACGUGCGCUUUGGUGUUACCAUCACUGUGCAUCCUGAACCUCAUGUGGCAUGGCUAAAGAAUGGACAGAGAAUUAAACCAGGUGAUGAUGACAACAAGUACACCUUCACCAGUGACAAGGGUCUGUACCAGCUGAUGAUCCACAAUCUGGACAUGGACGACGAUGCUGAGUACACUGUCAUGGCUCACAACAAGUAUGGAGAGGACAGCUGCAAAGCUCGCCUCACUGUGACCCCUCAUCCUGUAGUGGAGGAGACCAUGAGACCCAUGUUUAAGCGCCUGCUGGCUAAUGUUGAGUGUGUAGAAGGAUACAGUGUCCGUUUUGACCUCAGAGUUUCAGGAAUCCCCACUCCUUCACUGAAAUGGGAGAAGGACAACAAGCCACUGCAGUUUGGCCCCAAGGUUGCAGUGGUGCAAGAAGACAUUGAUUAUCAUGUUCUGCAUAUAAGAGAGACACUGCUGGAGGACUCUGGUGUGUAUAAAGUCACUGCAACCAACUCAGCUGGCUCUGCAAGUUGUCAGGCUACCCUUAAGGUGGACCGCCUAACCUACACCAGGAGAGAGUACAAGAGUGAGGAAGAGAAACACAGGCACGUCCAGAAACAGAUUGAUAAGACUAACAAGAUGGCUCAGCAAAUUGCUGCUACAGCAGAGAUAGUUCCUCUCAAUCCCACUGCCCAGGAGGCCCUCAAAUUUGCUGCAGAGCUCUACAAGCCUGCAGUCAGCACAAAGAAUGUGGAGGGAGAGUUUGACAUCACAGAGGUGAAGACAGAAACCAAGAAACUGGAGGAGGAUAGGAGGAUCUUCAUGCCCUAUGAGAUCCCAGAGCCUGUGGUUCAUGACCCCAGGGCUUUGGAUGAGGAUAAAACCAUCAAACAGUUUGUACCUCUGUCUGACAUGAAGUGGUACAAGAAGCUUAGAGACCAGUAUGAGAUUCCAGAGAGGAUGGAGAGGAUUGUACAGAAAAGGCAGAGACGCAUUCGCCUGUCCAGGUGGGAACAGUUUUAUGUCAUGCCCCUCCCCAGAAUCACUGACCAGUACAGACCACGGUGGCGUAUCCCUAAACUCACUCUGGAUGACUUGGAGACAGUCAGACCUGCCCGCCGCUCACCUUCACCUGAAUCCGAGGCCUCCUUUAGAUCCAGGAGAAGAUCCCUGGGAGACCUGAGUGACGAGGAGCUGAUGGUGCCUGUGGAUGACUACCUGGCUAUGAGGAGAACAGAGGAGGAGAAAAUGAUGUUGGAAGAUGAGCUAGAGCUAGGCUUCUCUGCUUCUCCUGCUGGCAGCCCAGUCCGCCGUGAACGCCAUGUCGUGGAACAAGAAGGGAGGAGGCAGGUCAUCAGACAGGAAAGUGUUGAGGUUGCUGAGACAAAAAAGAAGCGCACUCUUUCUCAGUUUAUGAGGAGGAGGAGGUCUCUGUCUCCCACAUAUAUUGAACUAAUGCGUCCUGUUUCUGAGCUUAUGAGACCACUACGCACUAGACCUCUUGUGGAUGUUGAGGGAGAAGCUAUAGAGAGGAGGUCCCCCACUCCUGAGAGGACUCGUCCUCGCUCUCCCAGCCCCAUCCGGUCCAUUGAGAGGUCCUCUCGCUCCUCCUCAAGGUUUGAGAGGUCUGCUCGUUUUGACAUCAUGUCCCGCUACGAGGCCAGGAAGGCUGCUCUGAAGUCAGAGAGGAAGUACCAGGUGGUGAGUCAGACUCCCUUCAGCUUGGAUCAUGCUCCACGCAUCACUGUUAGGAUGCGGUCUCACCGCGUGCCAGUUGGCCAGGACACUAAGUUCACCCUGAAUGUCCAGGCCAAGCCAGAGGCUGUGGUAACAUGGUUUCACAAUGGGACUCAGAUUUCUGAAAGCAGCGAGAAGUACUUCUUCACCAACAUGAGUGGUGUUUUGUCUAUCACCAUCUUAAAAUGCCAGGCAGAGGACAGUGGCACCUACCGCUGUGUCUGUUCCAACUCCAAGGGAGAGGCCUCUGACUAUGGUACCCUAGAUGUCUCAGGAGGGGAGUUCACCACCUUCUCAUCUCGCCGCAAAGAUGAGGAAGCUGCAAAGGCAUAUGUCCCUGAAAUGACCAAAGUGGACCACUACCACACCACUCACUUCAAGGCUGGAUAUGCCUCCAAGACCCACUUUGAAGUGGAGGAGAGCAAGUCCAAGCUGACUGAGAAACAAGAGGUGGUUACACGUGAGAGAUAUACAGCCUCCUCUGAAAGAUGCUCCUCUGCAGAGAGAUAUGAUUCAUACAUCAGACAUGCCUCCACUGAAUACCUUUCAUCAGCCUCCUAUUCCUCUGCCUCUUCUGAGAAGUUUUCUUUGACUGAAAAACACACUUCAUCUGAGGACAAACUAAAGUCUUCUGCUGCUGAAGAGGUCUCAGUCCAUAAGGUGAAGCCUUCUUUACCAGCCAGGAUCCUCACCAAGCCCCAGUCUGUGACAGUGGCUGAGGGAGAGAUGGCCCGCUUCUCCUGUGACAUUGAUGGGCAGCCUGCGCCCAGUGUGACAUGGAUGCAUGAGAGCAGAACCAUUGUCUCUUCCCAUCAUGUCCAGGUCACCACCACACAGUACAAGUCCAACCUCGAGAUCUCUGCUGUUAAGGCUUCUGAUGAGGGCAACUACCUGCUGGUGGUUGAGAACUCCGAUGGCCGACAGGAGGCUCACUUCACCCUCACCAUCCACAGACCUGCUCACAAAGAGGAGGUCAAAGGGGUCAAGUCCCCAGAACCAUCUGUCAAGUCACCCACACCUAGAAUCAAAUCACCAGAACCUGCAGGAAUAAAAUCUCCAGGAAGACUUAAAUCCCCAGAACCUGCAGGAAUAAAAUCACCAAAAGGACUUAAAUCACCAGAGCCUGCUGGAAUAAAAUCACUAAAAGGCAUCAAGUCCCCAGAACCAUCUGGAAUUAAGUCACCUAGGGUCUUGAAGUCCCCUGAACCAGAGGGAAUGAAGUCUCCCCCUCGGAUGAAGUCCCCUCCUCCCAUUAUGUCUCCCAAAAGGGUGAUGUCUCCACCUACUGUCAAAUCCCCAACACCCAAACCUCCCAAGGUUUUGAGACAGCUGACAGCUGAGGCCUGUGAGUCCUCUGUGAAAAUGUCAUGUGCCUGCGAGAGCAGCGUGAAGGAAGUGGUUUGGUACAUUAAUGGAAGGAGGCUGUCCCAGAGCAGCCACUUUGAAAUGCAUUAUUCUGAGGGCUGCUGCAGUCUGCUCAUCCAUGACCUGGCAGACAGAGACCAGGGAGAGUACACCUGUGAGAUGAUAGCAGAAGGAGGCACCUCCAAGUCGUCCUUCUCCUUUACUGGGCAGGUAUUCCAGUCUAUCCGUAUGAAGGUCACAGCUCACCAUGAACAGCAACUGGCACUUACAGAAUCUAUUAAGACGAGCCAUAAGGAAGCGUCGUCUAUGAUGAUGAAGAAAGAAAUCCACACGAAAGAGGAGACUUCCUCUUCCUUCUCCUCUCAGCAGGCCAUGAUGUCAUCCAUGAUGGAGUCCAGCUCCUUCAGCAGUAUGGCAGCUGAGAUGAAGUUUGAGACCAUGUCUAUGUCCAGCAUGUCCUCCUUGGCAUCUGAAACCUAUGCCAGGAGUUCCAGUAGUCUCGCUGAGAUGACCUCUCGCAUCGAGGGCUCCUCGUUCAGAGCUAUUGGUUCUGCACCCAGAAUUGAGGCCUUGCCAGAGGACAUCAGCAUUGAGCCGGGGAAAGUCCUGACUGUGGCCUGUGCCUUUUCUGGUGACGCCAAACACAUUGAGUGGUCCCAUGCCGGUAGAGCCAUCGAAGUGACGCCUGGCGGACACUUCCACAUUGAGACCACAGAGGACCUAACCACUCUCAUCAUUACUGGGGUGAGAGAGGAAGAUGCUGGAAUCUACACUCUCAAACUGUCCAACGAGAUGGGAUCAGACACGGCAACUGUCCACAUCAGCAUUCGAUCAGUCUAA